AGAUGAUCUUUUGUUCCUCAGCUGUUGGAAGCCUCCAAAACUGAGAGGUUUCCUCCUCCCAGCAGAGAUUCCAGAAGCCUCUGGAAGUCCUGCCUUCUUGAAAUGGAUGGGAGGAGUCAGCCAUCAAAGGAUGUUCUCCUUUCCAUGACAAGAAAGAGCCCUCAUAAGUAAGUCCAAUAAUUAUUUCCAUUAUCUUCUGAUGACUUUUAUCUUCUCAACUUCAUUUUGUCUUGCUUACUAUUUGGUUGCUAAAAGUAGAACUGAUGAAGCAGAAAGUAUAAGUUUCCCCCCCCUGGGGAAACCUUAUGUACAUAACCUUAUGUAGCAAUGCUUUAGCAUAACUGUUAUUUGUAAUCAAUUUUUUUUUAAAUUGAAUUCUCUGUUUUUUCACAUUCUUAAGUUCUUUUAUUUUGUACCUUCAAAAAGAAACAACCAUUACAGAAUGAUUUGGUUACAUAACAUAUAGUGGUCUAAGAGCUUAAUUGUGAAAGAAAAUUAAAAAAAUAUUUAGAAUAGUAUUCACUUUCCCCCUAGAUGUAUAGAAAAUAAUUUCUAAAUGUAGUUAUUAUCAAACUCAGCUUCUGUUCAAUUCAAAACAUACUUUGUAUCCUUGUUUCACAUCUACCAUUCUCACAGUUGCUCCUCACGACUGUAUUAAUUUAUUAUCUAAACAAAUCUUUAACCCCUCUGUAUUUUUCCUGCUGUUUUGCAUUCUUUUCGGCUUUAGCCUUUUCUGCAAACUUGCUGCUCUUGUUAGACAUAGGAUUUCACUUUUUGGUAAGUUAAGAAAGAUUUUCAUUAAGUUAUCAUCGCAAGUUGUCUGGGAUAUUUCUGGGUUGAUGAGAAAUUGCUGACUGCUUUUUAGCUAGUAAUCAUGAAAAUGAUUUAUUUAUUUUUAAGAUAAAGUAUCCCUGAACUGUCCCUUUGUAGUGUCCUUUCAAUCUCUCCUACUGUCAUACCCUGGGACAAUUCUGUAAAAUUGUUUACGAGUCCCAUUUCCUGCUUCUGUAUCAACAUACAUCUGCUUUGUUUUCUGACUAUGGUAUUAUCAAUAAUAUAUUUAAGCAAAUGCAGAAGAACAUGAUAAUAUCAUGCAAAGUACUAGAUACUAUUGGAAGAGAAAUUUUAGUAUGUUGUGGAGGAGCCAUCGUAGCAUCUUGCUAAGUACAGGAUACUAUCCUUGCACAAACUGCGCAGAAACUUGAUAAUUUGCAGAGCAAUGCUAUGGGUGGUGGUGAGUUUCUUUGGUGGAGCUCCCACUAUUACCUAAACCCUUUUGGCUUCAACUCAGAUACAUUUUUUAUGUUUUUUCAGCCAGGAGCUAAGACUAUGUCCUCCUCAUGAGUGAGGUCCUUACUCACAAGUGUGAAGGGAGGGAGUGGAGGGAAAUAUGGGAGAGCCACUUAAAAGAGGCUGAAGAAGGGAAAUGCCAAGGAAGAAAGACUUCUGAAGCUUCUCUUUGAGACAAUCGUAGCUCAAAGCUGAGAAGGAGCAUGGGCGAGAUCCAGCUCCCUUCUACUGAGGCAUUAGACCACAGAUUGGAGCCUUAAAGGUGCAAGGCACAGAUGCACAUUCUGCACAUCUUCUAAUCUUUUGGAUUUUUGGUUCCCCUGAACACUCUAGAUAUUUUCUGAUUGGCAGUUCUCUAAUCAAAGAAAUCCAAGUAAAUUAUGAAUGGGGGGGAAAUAUAUAUAAAAGGCAAGUAGAAAGGGCAGUCUACAUGCUUUCCAUUAAUCUGAUAAGAAGAAAAAUUAACAAAGAUUCCAACUUUUGUUAAAAGAAUAAUAUAUUAGAUUUCCCCAGCAUAAGUAUGUUUAAUAAAUGUAUUAAUUUUUAUUUUACCUUUUUAAAAGAAUUUAAAAGAGCAACACAUUUCCCCAUUCAUUUUGAAUAGGUAGUGAUGCUGCUACAAUGGUUAGCUGCCUACACAUCUUAGCUCAGACACUAGACACAAGGUAAGUUUACUCCUUUUAUCAAUCUUAUUUGUGAACACUAUUUCACCCACCCAAAGAAUUUUUUCCAAAAAUAUUCCCCCCCCCCCAAAAAAAAUGAAUUAUUGGAACCAAAUUAUUUACUUCCCAGCAGAACAUUUUUCUUGAAAGCUAUGUAGUAACAUAUGCCCUAUACUGUUCAAUUUAGGCUGUAAUCCUAUACAUAUUGGAAAGUAUGCUCACUGAAUUUGAGGAGACUUACUUCUGAGUAGACUUCUGAGUAGACAUCUGUAGAUUGUAUGGUCAGGAGGUUUAGUUGAAAACAAGGUUUAAAGGUGGUGAAUUUUGCAAUACUUAAAAUUCAUCAUUAAAACUUAAGACUUGGGUGCUGUUUUCAUUUCCCAUAGAGGUAAAUUUCAAAAGCAAAAGUAGACAACGAUUAAAAAUAUGGUUUAAAAAAUUCAGUUUUUAAAAGUAGUUCACUUCAGCUUUACUAAUCUAUCCUUUUUAGCAAUUGCAAUCUAAGCAGGAGUGUGUCCUCUAUUUCCCAACCAGCACCCCUAGGUGGCAUCUGAGUCUGAGAAAGAAUCUGCAAAUGUAUACUGAGCAAUAACUGAGAAGCAGAGGAAAGCCUCUUUUCCUGAUACAUGUGUAAUGUUGGUAUCUCUGUGCAGAAGCCUGCUAGAAGUAAGUCUCAUUUCAUAGCACUAGGGUAAAUCAUCUCACCAUUAUAGGACUUGGUGCAAGUGCACUAAAAUUAGCUUCCUCGCCAUAAUUUCCCACAUAGUUUCUUAGUGUGCUUAGUAAGAACUGUUGAAUAGCCAUGUAAUUACUGGUAUAUGUCUGGUCAAUGUAGACACCAAUAUCUCAAAGAAACAGACAUGAAUUGAGGAAGUCUAGAUUUGCUAUGGAAAAUUAUAGGCAUUUGAUUUCUAAGUGACGUUCUAUAAAUUGUCCUGUAGAACCGUCAUGAAAUCAGGUUCAGAGCUGGUUAAAGCAGGACUGCGUGCCUUCUUUGAAAAUGCAGCUGAAGAUCUGGAGAAGACAUCAGAAAAUCUUAAACUUGGAAAAUUUACCCAUUCCCGUACACAGAUUAAAGGGGUCUCACAGAAUAUCAACUAUACAACAGUGGCAUUGUUGCCUGUUCUAACAUCAAUUUUUGAACAUGUUGCUCAGCAUCAUUUUGGCACCGAUUUGCUAUGUAAGUCUUCUCAGUUUUAUCUUUGAUUUUCAGAUAUUGUUUCAGUUGUAACUAGGAAUGGAUGAGGAUUCCACUGCUCAUUCCAAAAUGGGCCAAGCCUUUGCAUUCAACUGAAGCUGAAACCAUGUUUGCUCUUUUAGAAGUGUGCAUUUAACUUACUGUUUUAUUUACUCUAAUAUACUAUGAGCUAUGGCAAAAUCUGAAAUUAGUUGCAUUAUAUUUUCAUUUUUAAUACAUAGAUUCAAUGGAAACUGUAUGGCAGCUAAUAUGCUUCCAGCCUCAUGUAUUAAUAAAUUUUGAGCCCUUUGUAAUGAAUACAGUGGUACCUCAGGUUAAGAACUUAAUUUGUUCUGGAGGUCUGUUCUUAACCUGAAACUUUUCUUAACCUGAUGCACCACUUUAGCUAAUGGGGCCUCCUGCUGCCGCUGUGCCGCCAGAGCACGAUUUCUGUUCUCAUCCCGAAGCAAAGUUCUUAACCCAAGGUACUAUUUCUGGGUUAGCGGAGUCUGUAACCUGAAGCGUAUGUAACCUGAGGUACCACUACAGGGAUUUUUUUUCAUUCAGGGAUAAAUUAACAGUAGCCUCCUGAAUGUUACUAGAUUUUAAUUCUAAGUGGUCAGUACAUCCAUUUUAUUUAUGGAGGAUUGUCACAUCUUGUCUGAGAGGUCUCCUGCAGCAGAAAUUCAAGUGAUGCAGCUUGUCCCAGAAUAGGAUGCAGCAAAGGAUGGGAAGUUUGCCUGUUGAAGCUUUGCCUGUUAUUCAGUUGCUAAAAACAGAGGAAAAAGUUGCCAACCCCAUUAAGUACUUUUCCUAGGCAAAGGGUCUUACAUCAAUGCUGGGCUGAAAUACACCAGGCAUUGGUGGAGACUGAUAUCCUAUCUUCUGUGUGGUUCACAGGGGCCAUGACUGUUUGAAGUUAAUUAAAAUACUCCCACUGAUCCAAAAGUCUUUUACAUCAGGUUCAUAGGGACUGUGUGGGAUGAGAGAGAGAGAGAGAGAGAGAUGGGCCUUGUGAUUAAUUAAGACAGCAGUCCAAUUUUAGAAUUUUGUUAAGUCCAGGAACAUAUUGGAUGGCAUGUCUUCCAUGAAUCCUAGAGUCUUUGAUUCAGCGCAGGCCUCCAUUCAUGGAAGGAAGGGAAGAAAUUUUUAUCAGUUAUCUUUCCCAUCUACAACCUUCUGUUCCAGCAAGCCCCCUAAUCCUAAGGGGCAAGUUUUCAGUGGGAUGCAGGGAAAAGAGCAAAUCAGUGAAAACCACCUUCCCCUUCUGUGAGGAGAAAACAGAAACAUUCUUCCUGUGAGUGGAAUUCUGACUACAUGACCUUUGUAUCCAGCCCAAAUGGCUGCAUUGGUAUAAUCAUAUCAUUGUAGAGCAGGAAGGGACCUCAAGUGCUGGCAAUUCAGAAAUCUCAACUAAAGCAUCCCUGACAGAUGGCCACCCAACCUUUGCUUAAAAACCUCUAAGGAAGGAGAGUCCACCACCACAAUUUUAUUUAGAAAAUUAUAUAAAAUUGAAUAAAGCAUUAGUAGAGUACUAUAUACAACAAUUGGCUGUUGUUUGGGUAAACUGUAUAAAGAGGUCAAAACAUUCAAUUUAAAACUAUGACGUAGCUGAACAUAAGUGUUUUCUUUUCUUUUCUUUCCCCCAGUAGGUGAUGUCCAAGUCUCAUGCUACAGAAUUCUUUGUAGCCUGUACUCUCUUGGAACUGGAAAGAACAUUUAUGUUGAAAGGUACUUAACAGGAAAAAAAAGCUGAAUACACUAUGAAAAGUUGCUCUAAGCAUAUUGCUGAGUUAAGAGUGAUUGUGCCUCUGUAAAGCACACCAGUAACCUUUGGUAGCUGAAGCAUUUCCUUACAAGCAAGCUAAACAAUACCUUGUAUUCUCCACUGGGCAUUAGGACACUUCCAAGUGGGACUGUGUUUGUCCUACUGCUCGAAGGCAGGAAAUUUGGUUGCUGCAAAGGUAGUUGGUGUGUCCACCUCCCUUCGAACAUUAGCUCACUUUCUUGUAUUCAGAAUGUAUUGGGAAAGGCUUCUAGAAGGCAGCCUUGAGGCCUGCAGUUCUCACCAUACCCCCUUCUACACUUCAGCCACACCCACUUUUACAUGCUCCUCCCCAUCCCAGGUUGUCCAUGGGUCAAUGAAGCCUUUGGCUGGAUAGCCACUCCUGGCUCACUGGAAGCCAGAAAUGUUUCGGUGAAAUGUUGCUCUAGAGUGUUUCAGAACACCAGUGUGUCUGCAAUUUUUUAAAUAUCAGUUGUGAAAAACUGAAGGGGGUGGCAUACAAAUCCAGACAAAAUAAAUGGUGGCAGAAAUGAGACAGGUAGAACAGCUUGCCAGUAUUAGCUUGCAAGCGGAAAUUCACACAAUUGUGGUGGUCACAGGACUCCCUCCUACAUAUUGAGUACAUUGGUGACUGUCAGGGAAGAGAAUGUAGUGGUAGACCACCCUUGCUUGCCUGGCUCCAACUGUGGGCCACGUGGGGAACAGGCCACUUGCCAAUCACUUGGCAGGGCCUACCAAGAGCUGGGACCAAACAUGGUGUGUAAACAAGUGCUGCCAUGCCUUCAGCUCCCACAUGGCUGCCUGUUAAAUGUGCUUGGAAAUGCUCUAAAGCCUUAAACGUACCAGUAUUGCCUGCCUGUAAGUCAGGGCUGGCCCACCCAUGAGGCAAGGUGAAGCGGCCACCUCAGGAGGCAGCAGAUCUGACCUCCACAGAAUGCAUUGUCCACUGCUGCUUCCACCGCAGCGGCAGCAAUGGCUGCAGUACAUUCUUUGGAGGCCAGAUCCGCCUCCUCCUUGGAAGCAUCCCUAGUGCUGGCUUUAUAAUGGCCUCUUGACAAGUAGGAGGCACAGCUGGUUUCCUUCCUCCAGGAGAAAAUGGCAGGGGCUGGCAUGUAGGGUCUCCUGGAUUCUGCACCCGCCCAGUGUGAUUCAGAGCAGGGUUAUUUCCCCCUUGUGACGGCCUUUGAUUCCCACUUUAACCAUUGGGUAAGGUACGUGGGUGGCGCUGUGGGUAAACCACAGAGCCUAGGACUUGCCAAUCAGAAGGUCGGCGGUUCGAAUCCGUGCAAUUGAGAUAGAAAGGUUUUGGGGUUUUUUAAACUGCUUAGGUUUUCUCUUUCCCCUCCUCAGUUUGAGAAGCCCCACAUGCAAUGAAAGAGAUCAUAUUAUGAGAUAAUUAUUUGCAAGGCCAUCUAUUAUUAUCAUCUCUCUCCCCUGCAUCGUAACUGCUUAAUGAGGUUCCUUCCUAGAUGUUCUGAACAUUUUACUUUUUGUAAAGCAACUUAUAAGUGCAGUUAAAACUUUUUUUAAAAAUAGCCUUCUGCAUUAACUGCUGAUGUUAAGGAAUUAUUUCCGUAAGGGUUUUUUCCCCAAUUCUGAGUUGAUUUCACAUUCUGGUUAAAUUGGCUGACAUUAUCCUCAAGUGAUUAAAAUAUUUUAAAGGGACUACUCAAUUUGAGAUUUUCUGACCCUCAACAGUGUAAGAUUGUGAUCAUCAAAAUUAUACUGCUGAAAUGUAGAAAGCUUUGACUAACUAGGAGGGGAUUUUUGAGUGUGGAAAGACUAUGCUCUAUCCAGCUCUGGUACUGAAUUUCUGGGCCAAUAAUUCUUUAAUCACUAUUUUAAAACAACAAAGUGUGUUGUUGUGGCAUACUAAAGACCAACGAUUUUGUUAUGACAGAAGUUAUCAUGGAGUCAAGUCCACUUUUCAGAUACAUGAAAUCUUGGUUUACAGGUAUAUAAAGGAGAAAAUUAUAAUGUGGGAGUCCAGUGGCAAUGAGUUUCAAAAAGGUGGUGACUGAUCAUGAUAGAUUAAAUCUAUGUUCAAUGUGCACACCUUUUGCAGUAGCCGGUUAGUGAUAAUUGGUGGGGAUAAAAGGGAUGGGUAAGUUUUGUGGAGGAAAGGGAAGGGCCAAUGGGACCUAUUGAUACUGCAUCCAAGGGCAUCCAUUAGCUUGAAGCCAGCCCUGCACCCUUGACCUCACGCCCGUCUAUUUUCUGUGGUAAUCAGUACAAACAAAAUAUCAAUCCAUAAUAAUGAAUCCAGUUUCCUCCCCUUGCCACCAGAUUUCAAAUCAAAUAAUAUACAAUUGGUUUAUUAAUUUGAUCAAAAGAAAUCAAUCUAUUCAUUCCAAAAGGUUACUACUAGUAUUGAAUACUGUAAGGUACAGAAACCUGCCUGUGCCAACUAAGAUUAUGACUUGAAAUUUGGUCCCUGAGAGUGUGGCUUCAUCUAUUGCUCAAGGGAAACAAUUUCUUCGACUGUUACUUUUGAUUCUCCACAAGAUGUGGUUGAACAUGACAUUGCCUUCCAGAUUUAAAUAUACUUGCUACCCAAUUAGACUAUCUAAUUUGGAAACAUUUUUGAUAGGGAAGGACUGUUAAGAAAACAUUGCAAACCGAAACUUGCUACUGGUAGAAUAAAUGUAAUGUGUGAAUUGGAUUUGAAAAUAGUUACUUCAGAUAUAUUGUGGGGUUGGUUUUUUACUUCAGAUGUAUUGUGAAAGAACUGAUAGUGUUCUUUUGUUUACAGACAACGUCCGGCUCUUGGUGAGUGCUUAGCGUCUCUUGCAGCUGCCAUUCCAGUAGCCUUUCUUGAACCUUCUCUCAAUCUUUACAAUCCCCUGUCUGUCUUCAACACAAAAACUGCAAGAGAGAGAGCUAGUAAGUACAGUACUCUGUAAUUGAUUUUAGAGUGUGUGCUGUUAUUGCUUUAAACUGUUUUGUGUAAUUGUUUGUUUUUAAUUGUUUUUAAUUUGCAAUUGUUUCAUAUGUUUUUUAUUAUAUUGCUUCAAGGUACAAUUGGUGAUUCAUAAAUGAAAUAAUAAUAACAUUAAAACCUUUUUCAAUUGUUUCAUGCCUAUUUAAUCUACUUUCACAGAUUGCAGUAAACUUAAAACCAUCUUUAAAGGAUCAUGCUCAUCUUUUGUUCAACUGUACUUUAGUUGCUAACAUGUUACUGUUUUUCUGGCACAUAAUAUUUUGGCAGCACAAUCAUUUAUGCCGCAACAUCCUGCUUUGUGUAGAUUUUUUAAAUGGCAUAGCAUUCAGUCAUGUGACUCCACAAUAAUCAGAAGUAGUACACAUUGUAAACACAGGUUUACUACAUUAUCUGAUUGUGAGAGCUAGGCCCAAAGUGUUAUGGAAUUAAUAAAAAGCUCCAUGUAAAGCAUGGAACCAAACAAAAAACCAUUGCUGUUGAACAGUAGAGGGAACUAAUGAAUCAUGUUUGUAUCCAUGCACAAUCUGUCAGAGUUACAGUGGAAGUAAAAUGAUUUAAAUUGUGCUUUAGCUGUUUUAAGCAUUAAGUAUGUUAACCACCCCAAAAUUAUUGUUAUGUGUCAUAAUAUGAAGUUUUAGGCAUGCCUGAAACCGUAGAAGAAAUGUGUCCAGAAAUCCCUCACUUGGAUGGCUUAAUGAAAGAAAUAAACAGCUUGGCAGAAUCUGGAGCCAGAUAUACUGAAAUGCCACACGUGAUUGAGGUGAUCUUGCCCAUGUUAUGCAACUAUCUAUCAUACUGGUGGGAAAGGGGGCCUGAAAAUGCUGAAAGUACUGGCCCCUGCUGCACAAUGGUAACUUCUGAGCAUCUCAGCAUAAUACUGGGGAACAUUUUGAAGAUCAUCAACAAUAACCUGGGGAUAGAUGAGGCAACUUGGAUGAAGCGAAUAGCAGGUACCUCGUGGCAAAUUUCAUUUAAACAACUGAUUACUAGAGCUGUUUUAUUUGUCAGCACCAACAAAACAUUAAUUCUCCAAUAGUUGUACUUUCUUUACGAAAGCUUUCUCUCACAGUCACAUUUACAUUUUAGAAUCAAUGUCUUUUAUUAAAUUAGUUAAAUGGUAAAAUCUAAGUAAAAUCUAAAUAAUAUAUGCUUGGUUCAAAAAUUGGGGGUCCUGCAUUCCUGAACAAGUACCUGGUAUCAUUAUGUGUUUGGAAAUAACUUUUAAUAUCUGUAGAGCUAGGAGAAAAUACUAUCCAUUAAUUAAGUGCAUGUAAGUCUCCCUGAAAACUCUUAUGGCACAGACCUGUCCUGUUUUUAAAGCUACAAAAUGGAUGGAUACAUAUAUGAAGAGUUCUCAUGGUUUUCAUUUGAUUGCAUCAGAUGUGGUCCACAGCAGUCAGGAAAAUAUUUUCUCCGGGUUUCUCCGUCCUCCACCAGUCGCGGACUGUGGGCCGGGGGGGGUGGCAUUAUUAAUCCGGGAAGAUUGUUCUUUCAGGGCUCUACCAUCACCAUUGAUCCCUGGCAUUGAAUGUGUUGGCCUAGUGUGGGGCUCCGAGGUGAGCUUGGCUGUCUGGCUGGUGUACCGGCCACCUAGCGCACCAGCAGCCACCCUGUUAGGCCUGCUGGAGGCGGUGGCCGGCUGGGCCUUGGAGUUCCCUAACCUAUUGGUAUUGGGGGACUUCAACAUCCAUGGGGAUGCCACUCCCUCCUCACAGGCUCUGGAUCUGGUGUCUUCCAUGGCGACACUAGGGCUCUCCCAGUUUGUUUCGGGCCCCACACAUCAAGCAGGCCACACGCUGGAUUUGAUCUUUGGCGUCGGUAUAGAUGUGAUCAUGUUUCCUUCGAUGAAGGUGCCAUGGUCUGAUCACUACGCUCUGAAAGCCAGGAUUGACGUUCCACCCCCACCCUGCUUAGGUUGUGAGCCGAUUUGGGCUCGCCCGCAGAGGCUGAUGGACCCUGAUAGAUUCCGUCAAGCCUUGCGGGACCUUUCUCCCCCUGGCGACUCAUUGACUGAGCUUGUUGAGGGCUGGAAUACCCAGCUCCUGGCAGCCAUCAAUGAGAUCGCACCUAAGCGCCCUCUGCGACCCCGCAGAAACCGGGCUCCCUGGUUUACCAAGGAGCUCCAGAAAAUGAAGUGGGACCUCAGACGGCUAGAGCGAGUAUGGCGGGGUGCCCGUGAUGGAGCUUCAAGAACAUGUUAUAGGGUUUUUAUGAAAACCUACGAGAUGGCAGUGAAAGCCGCUAAGAAGUCCUACUUCUCGGCCUCCAUUGCAUCCGCUAGCUCUCGCCCGGCGCAAUUAUUUAGUAUAAUUCGGUCUUUAACGUCCCUUGAAGGACAGCCAAAUUUAAAUAACAAUUUGACACACAGCUGUGAGGCAUUUGCGAGCUUUUUGCGGAGAAGGUCCUGUUGCUCCGCCAUGACCUCCCUGCCAAUUUGGAUACAAUAAAGGAACUGGAGGCCCCUCGACUGUCCUCGGGUCCAGUAUUGGACCACUUUGACCGGAUAUCCCCAGCUGAUGUGGACAGACUCCUCCGAGCUGGAAAGCCCACCACUUGUCCUCUCGACCCGUGCCCAUCUUGGCUGAUUACAGCAUGUCCAGACGAGGUGCGGGCCCCCCUGGGGGAUAUCAUCAAUUUGUCCCUUGGCACCGGGACAUUCCCAGGGGAACUAAAGGAGGCAGUGGUGCGCCCGCUCUUAAAGAAAACAUCAUUAGAUCCCUUAGAUCUAUCCAAUUACCGCCCGGUUUCGAAUCUUCCAUUCCUGGGUAAGGUGAUUGAGAGAGCGGUUGCUGAACAGCUUGGUAGGUUUCUGGAUGAAACAUCGGCUCUGGAUCCAUUCCAGUCCGGCUUCCGCGCUGGUCAUGGGACCGAGACGGGUCUGGUCACCCUAACAGACGAUCUCCCCAGGCAGGUGGAUCGAGGUGGGUUGGGGCUGCUGAUUCUUCUAGACCUGUCAGCAGCCUUCGACAUGGUCGACCACGAACUCCUGGACCACCGCCUUGCCGACGUGGGGAUCCAGCGCACAGUCCUUCAAUGGCUGCGCUCGUUUCUCUCUGGUCGGGGACAGGGGGUGGUGCUUGGGGGGGAAUUGUCAUCGCGCCACUCCUUGGUGUGUGGAGUGCCCCAGGGUGCGAUACUCUCCCCAAUGCUUUUUAACAUCUUUAUGCGCCCCCUCGCCCAGCUUGUCCGGAGUUUUGGGCUGGGCUGCCAUCAGUAUGCUGAUGACACCCAACUCUAUCUGUUGAUGGAUGGCCAUCCUGACUCGGCCCCAGACACACUGAUCAGAUGCUUGGAAGCUGUGGCUGGAUGGUUACAUGGGAGCCGGUUGAAGUUAAAUCCUUCGAAGACAGAGGUCCUCUGGCUGGGACGGGACGAUAUGGGAUUGAGGGGGCAACUCCCAUCUCUUGCGGGGUGCAAUUAGUGCCAGAACCGUCCGUUAAGAGUUUGGGUGUAAUCUUCGAUACCUCCCUCUCCAUGGAGGCGCAGAUUGCAGCUAUAACAAAGGCGGCAUUUUUUCAUCUCCGCCAAGCUAAGCAGUUGGCUCCUUACCUCUCUUGCCCUGACCUAGCCACUGUGAUCCACGCGACGGUCACCUCCAGACUGGAUUAUUGUAACUCGCUCUACGUGGGGCUGCCGUUGAGACUGACCCAGAAACUCCAGCGGGUGCAGAAUGCCGCGGCGAGACUCCUUAUGGGGUCUUCGCUGCGAGAUCACAUUCAUCCGGUGCUAUACCAGCUGCACUGGCUUCCGGUGGAGUACAGGAUCAGGUUUAAGGUGCUGGUUUUAACCUUCAAAGCCCUAUACGGCCUAGGACCCUCGUACCUAUGGGACCGCCUCUCCUGGUAUGCCCCACAGAGGAACUUACGGUCUUCAAAUAAAAACAUCUUGAAGGUCCCAGGCCACAGAGAGGUUAGGCUGGCCUCAACUAGAGCCAGGGCUUUUUCGGCUGUGGCUCCGAUCUGGUGUCACAAGAGACAAGGGCCCUGCAGGACUUGACAUCUUUCCGCAGGGCCUGCAAGACAGAGCUGUUCCACCAGGCCUUUGGUCAGGGCACAGCCUGACCCCCUCCUCUGGCAAUCUUUACAGAACUUUAGUAUGGUUGCCAUCAAUUUUGGUUUUAAUUAAUUUUUAUAAUGUCUUUAGAAUGUUGCACUAUUUUAGUGUUGUUAGCCGCCCUGAGCCCAGCUUCGGCUGGGGAGGGCGGGAUAUAAAUAAAAUUUAUUAUUAUUAUUAUUAUUAUUAUUAUUAUUAUUAUUAUUAUUAUCUUUUAUUGAGACAAAGGCCUAGUUUAGUUGUAGUGUUACCAUUUUUUUAUUUUACAUUUUGUGGGUUCUCCAAAAGAAAACUCAGUGAACUAUCUUAAGAAGAAUGAACAACAAGUUGAUGCAGUCAGAGCCCGGUGCUCAGAAAUGCAGAUGUUGUAUGUUGCUGGCAUGGUGGAGAAGAGCAGAAAAAGAGUGAGGAUAUAUAGCUACUCCCUCUUCCUGUCAGGGCACAGUGGGAGUGUUCUUGCAGAGUUCUCUCUAGCAAAUUUUACAAGAAGACUCUGUGAGCCUCAACCCCUAUCAUGUGACUAUCUAGCAAAUCAUGAAUUGUUGGUUUGACUGCAUUUAAAUAUCCAACAUUACAAUUGGUUACUUACAUGUGGCUUGGUUAAGCCACUUGAUAGUCUGAGUACACUGUUUCACAUAUACAACAUUUUUAAUGAAAGAACCCAAGAUCAGAUACAUAAAUACCCUGUCUUGAGGCAGGAUUACUAUACAUUUAUUAAACAUGUAUAAUGUUUGUGCUUAUUUAUUUAAGCAAAUUCUAUGCUGUUUUACAUAGCCAAAACAAAUCUCUAAGCAGUCUACAGCAUAUCUUAAAGCAGGCAUAGGCAAACUCAGCCUUCCAGAUGUUUGGGACUAUAACUCCCAUCAUCCCUAGCUAACAGGACCAGUGGUCGGAGAUGAUGGGAGUUGUAGUCCCAGAACAUCUGGAGUUUGCCUAUGCCUGUCUUAAACCAUCAAAUGCAAUAUUACAGUAUGUUGAGAUACCUGAAAUUUGGUGAAUGUCAACCUGCAGGUGUGACCACUGAUUAUCCCAGACAGAUUGUCUGGAUUUCUAAAAACUCAGAGAUACACAGGUGAAUGUCAUCAAAAUAUAAUGGUUAGAAUUGACACUUGCUGAUAAGUAGGGGAAAAAACUCGGCUGGAAUUGUCAACAUUCAUAUGUGUAUGUGAACAUUCAUCAAAUUCUUGAUAUCAAGUGUAACCUAAUAUAGAAGUAUUUCUGCCUGUAUACUUUCAGGUAAUACAUAAUCAGGCAGAUAUGACUUUAGACUUAGUUCAUAUAUAACAGUGAACCAUGGUUUAUUGUUAUGUUCACAAGUAGCAUGAGCCUUGGUCUUGUACAAUCCCUCACUAUCACAUGCAAGGGUAAGAGGUUUAACUCUCCUGUGUUUCAUUUGAAACAAACAAUGAUUUGCUGUUGCAUCCAAACUCACCCAACUGUGGUUUGUUCAAACCAGUUUGUUAACAUGCCAGGAUAUCAAACCAUUAUCAGUACAAACCACCAAUUGGUGAGUUCUGGGUGCAUACAAAAUUUCAGGUCAUUCCUAUACAGAGACAAGUUACAUUUCCUCCCAAGAGGAGUGGGGAGCACAUGAGCCCAAGAUUUAAGUCAGCCCGUGAAAAUUACAGGAAAACAUGGUUUGUUGUUGCAUUGUACUGACGUCUACAGUCACAGUGCUAUUAUGAAGCUAAACUAGAAUGAAUGCAUUUGUUACUUUUUACAGAGUAACAAAAUAUGUUUAAAUGUAUAUUGAUAGAAAUGUGUUUUGUAUAUAGUGUAUGCUCAGCCAAUCAUUAGCAAGGCCAGGCCGGAUCUGUUGAAAAGUCAUUUUAUCCCAACACUGGAGAAACUAAAGAAGAAAGCCAUAAAGAUAGUGAUGGAGGAAGAACAACUGAAAGCAGACAGUAAAACGGAUACCCAAGAAGCAGAACUCCUCAUUCUAGAUGAAUUUGCAGUUCUUUGCCGCGACCUUUAUGCUUUUUAUCCUAUGUUGAUCCGCUAUGUGGACAACAACAGGUAGGAGAAUCUGUAACUAAAGGGGAUGAAAUGGAUUUUUGUAUUUAUAUCCUGCACCUCAACAUAAAAUUUAUGUUCCUAAUUUUGCUAACAAUAAAACAAUAUAAAACUAAAAAUGGAAAACUACCUAAACGGUUAGUUUAGUUUAAAACAGCAACAGUCUAUUCAAAUAGAUAGUAAAACCAAAACUGCUCUCCUGCUCCUGCUCUAAAUUUUGUUAUGGACCACCCCAACCAAGCUCCACUGUGUGGUGUGAGAUUCUAGGGGUCUUGGCACUUAAUGAGGGUUGGUGUUUCCUUCAGAAAAGUUAGGCGCAGAGGAGACUGUAGUGUCUUUAAUAUAUAUGGUUUUGUUUAUGCAUAACUUGUGUCCCAAAGGUAAUCUGGUUUCUCUUCAGAUCGUAUAAAUCUUUUGUCUUUUACAAAAUAAAAAGGUCCCCCUAGACCCAGUUGAAAGGCAGUAGUUCCUAUCUAGGCCAUACAAUUCAAGGUCAUUUCAUGGAUCAGCAAACAGUGUUAACUAAUGCCAGCAUGUGGAAAGUUUGAUAGCUUUGACACCUGACACAAGGAAGAAUAGACUGCUUUCUUGAAAAAAUCAAUAAGGAAUAGAACAAAGUGAAUGUUUCUGACCUCAAGCUUCACUAAAUUUAGGUUAGGCAGGGAAAAGAACAUGUGAAUGAUUGCCUUAAUAUUAUCUUUAAUUCUGUGAAGUACCAGAAUAAAAAGAAGAAUUAAAUAUGUUAAAGAUAAAUGAGAGUAUAAAAAUGACACAGCCACAAAAACAGUUUAAUUAAGUCGUGUCUGCUCUCUGCUUCCUGAUACAGCUUACUUGUAACAUUUUUACAGUUCAGAAUAUUUUAGUGUUGUAAAAUUCUUAUGAAUGUCUAAAGGUAUUUAAAUGGAAGAAUCAGCAAUGCCCAUUAAAGUAUAAAAUCAUUUUCUGACUUGAAAGCUUGAAUCCAAAUGCUGCAUGGCAGUUUAGACAAUUCAUCAUCAACAAGCACACAUACAUAUUUAAAUACAGCACAAACUUUUUCUUAAGCCAUAUCUGUUUUAGAGACAGUGUAUAAUUCUAGGGGAAGAAACAUUCUAGACCACUUUAUGCAGUGGGCUGUAUGCCCUGGAAGAUUAUACCAAAAUGAAUGUGCAAAUCGUUAAGGUGGCCACAGGAUUUUCUAUCAGUUCUGUUACAAAGAAACCUACAGAUGUUCUUGCUACAAAGUAAAUCUAGUUGUAUCAGAUAGGGUGGUGGUUUUAUGAAAAUUGAAUACAGGCAAUGACUGAUUUAGGUGCAUCCAAGUGACAUGUGACCAUGCAUGUGCAGACAGUGCUGAACCUGGAAGUAGCCCCAAAAUGCCAUUAAGAUGUCACAAAAAGGGCCAGAACAGGGGCAGACUGGGCUUACACACACUCCACCGACACAUGCUGGCGUCCGGAACAUAACCCCCACACAAAAAGGAUUGCCUAUACUUUGAAUUGUGAUACAUGUCAUAAAUAAAUCCUAUUGGUUGAAUUGAACUUACUUUGGGGUUAAUGUGUAUAGGUUUGCAAAGGCUGCAAUACUCCACAGGCUGUGGAACCUCCAGAUGAUGCUGAAUUACAGCUCUCACCAUCCCUGGCCAUUGGCCAUGCUUGCUAGGGUUGAUGGGUGUUGUAAUUCAGCAAUGCCAGGAGUUCCAGCAGUUCCCCACACCUGCUCUACACACUUACUUGGAGGUAUGUGCCAUAGAACUGAGUGGGCAAUGGCCAGUUAAACAGUUCGGCUCACUCAAACACUUUAGCUGCACAAUGAAAUUUUCUCUCACGCUCCCAACGUGUCCAUCACUUGCUCUCUCAACCUGCUCUGGAGGAUUGGGUGAACUCCCAGAAUAUAUUUGUGGUGGGCAUCUGGGGAGAGGAAGUUCAGUUACAGAGAACUUAGGCUAGUGGUGCUUUUUACUUGGAUACUGCCCAAUGAGACUGCUGAGUAGAGAUGCCUAUUGAUGUAUUAGCCCAUCAAUAAAAGGGAGUAGUGAGCAUCUUCCCAACACCCAGAAACACACAGUUUUACACUGCAGUAUGGUGCUGCAGCGGGUGGCGCUGUGGGUUAAACCACAGAGCCUAGGGCCUGCCGAUCAGAAGGUCAGCGGUUCAAAUCCCCGCGACGGGGUGAGCUCCUGUUGCUCAGUCCCUGCUCCUGCCAACCUAGCAGUUUGAAAGCACGUCAAAGUGCAAGUAGAUAAGUAGGUACCGCUUCGGCGGGAAGGUAAACAGCGUUUCCAUGUGCUGCUCUGGUUCGCCAGAAGCGGCUUAGUCAUGCUGGCCACAUGACCCAGAAGCUGUACGCCAGCUCCCUUGGCCAAUAAAGCGAGAUGAGCACCGCAACCCCAGCGUCGGUCACGAUUGGACCUAAUGGUCAGGGGUCCCUUUACCUUUACCUAUGGUGCUGCUUUCAUACUUUUCAGAAACAAAGUGCAGGAAGAAGCAAUUGAAAGGGGAGUAGUAGGACUGGUAAUGUUCAGUAUAGAACGUGUUGAAAUAAUACUGUAGUCUAAUAAAUGUUUUUUUUUGUUUUUUGUUUAGAUCAAACUGGCUUAAGAAACCAGAUGCAGAUUCUGAUGAACUUUUCCGAAUGGUAGCUGAAGUCUUCAUUCUCUGGUGUAAAUCACAUGUAUGACAAAGAUUCAUUUUAUUUUUAUUGUUAUAAUACACAUAUUUAGAAAUGUUAUGCAUAUUUAGAAAUGUCACCGACCUGUUUCUCAGCAUUUAUGUAAACUGUGUUUUGGUAUUAUAUUUAUUUCAGAAUUUCAAGCGAGAAGAACAAAAUUUUGUUAUUCAGAAUGAAAUCAACAACUUGGCAUUUUUGACAGGAGACAGCAAGAGUAAGAUGUCAAAAGUAAGUCAGAAAGUAUUUAGAUUGGUCCAAGUGUAUCUGCUAAAUUAUUUGUACUUUGUAACAAUGACACAGACUGUCGCAAACUGCAUUUCUUUGCCGAUAUGUUUAGAAGUAGUUGCUUCUUAAUAUGAAGAUCAAUUGUAUUUACCAUAUAUUGUCAUGUAAAUUUUCUGACUAAAAGCCUUUUCCCCUUGAUGCACCCACAUGAUGGGGUGAAAGUUUACCAGAAAUGGAUCUGAAGUACUUCUUUUUACUUUAGCUCCUUCCCUUUCCACCCAGCUGGUCUUGGGAUUUUGAUUCUCCCUCCCCUGCCAUAUAUUUCUAUUGUACUAAUAUUGAGUUUUCAUCUCCUAUUGAUACAGCAGACAGUUUGCUUUUCACGGUAGUAAAAUAAUAUUACCUAAAACAUAAUACAUCGUGGGGAUAUCAAAAUUGUUAAGAUAUACCUGCUCAAUCUACACAUAGCCCAAAAUGUCACUAGAAAAACCUGUAUAAGAAUAUCUGUAUGGGACGAACUGGGGAUGCUAAAAUGUCUGAGGCUACAUCUGAGAAAGUCCACUCUUUCUGAGAUGAUCAUGGGUAUUUUUUUGGAAGGGGAUUGUAUUGCAUUUCAGUAGAGGAGCAGGGAAGGUCUAAACAAAAAGGCAUGGUAUCAAAUUAAUUAUCUGAAAAUGCAAAACAAAUGUUUUUAGCAUUUGUCGGUGUUAGAAAUAGUGUUAUAAAUUAAGUCACUUUAAUGCAUAUGUGCAGCUGAACACACUGAGAUUUGUGGCUCAUUCCUCAUUUCCAGUGUUCCUCUGCUGAAUCAAUGUGUGUGGAUUCAUUUUUUAAAAAUGCAUUGACUCAGUGAGGGGCACGAAAAUUCACCGUUCAGGUGAGACUCAACUAUCAAUUUGUCUCCCAAAGACGGGAUGUGGAUCAUAACACUGGAGCUGAUGUGUCUUUAGGAGGAGCUGUCCUUAUGUAGAUUUAUCACAUAGGGGUGGGGUGGGGGUACAUAUGGAGAAUGUAUAAUUGUGCAAAUCUAUUGUAGUGUAUGAGCACAAAUAAUUACUGCCUUAUCCACAAGUGACCCAUUCUUAUUCCAUACCUGAAGGACAUUUUCAGCUGUUCUAGUCUUCUUAGUCUCUGAAACAUACAUGCUAAAUGAUUUUAUACAUUAUAUGUAUCUGGUACUUUUUCAAGCACCCAAUGCUGUCUUGUUGAAAAUUAUUUUUUAAGUAUUUUAACCAGAUAUCGCACCACAGAAAACCAAGUGUAAUUAAGUACCAAGUACCUGUGGUUGAUUGUCAAAUGAAAUUUAUUAUAAAUAAUAAUACUUUUAAAUUUGGCUUUCUGCUAUUAAACCAGUUUCCUGUUGUUAAACCUUUCUUGUCAACAACCAUAUAUAUAUGAAUGACCAGAUUUUCUUUAAUUGUGUAAUUACUUCACUGUAACAGUAUUGAAGUAUCUUUGCGCAAUGGAAAAAAGCAGCCAUGAUAUGUUUGUUGCUUUCAGUAUGUCUGUCCCUAAGUAUUCAAGUUUUGAUUGGAAAAACUAUCCCUGGCCAGGACUUUAACAGUUGAUAACUGCUUAAAAAAUUGGGAUUUGAGACCAUUAUCAAUUGAAAUGCAAGAUGAAACAAUCCUAUUUUUUUUCUUGUUGAGCGUAGGCAUCAUUUCUAUGCCAAUUUCACAACCAAUCAGGGAAUCCUGAAAGUCAAGAUUAGGGACAAUUAUUACUGGAACUAAAUCUUCCUCCCUUUAAGAAGUUCUGUCAGUCUGGUUGUUGUUUGUCCCCUGUCUUUUCCCCAUUGAAAGUAAUCAUCCACUUUGUUUUUGGGGGCACAUUCAGAAUUGACUUAUGCAGACAAGAAUAGCUUGGGACCUUUGAAAGACUGCUUUCUCCUAUGUUAGCAAAUUGCCUUGGCAGGCAAUGUGUUUCACAUAUACAUGUUCUAGGAGUCCUGUGAAUUAAGAUCUUUAAGAUACUGGCAAUAGCACAUCUUGGCAGAUGUAACUUACACUCAUAUGGGUCUUAAAAAUUGAGAUGUUGUUUCUUGCACACACAAAGAGAAUCAAAAUCUACACAUUAUUAAUACUUCAGUAGGGAAUAGCUUAGCAACAAUACUUGUUGUGGCAGUGGGAAUAGCUCAACAACAAUAUGCCUUCUUUAGUUGAGAAGAUGAGCUAAUGGAGUCUAUCCAUGAAUAAACUAGCAUUUAUACAUGAAAGAGCAAACCCAAAGGCAUAAGAGGAAUUGGAAAGGCUGGAUGGGUUAAGCCAGGCAUAGGCAAACUCGGCCCUCCAGAUGUUUGGGGACUACAACUCCCAUGAUCUCUAGCUAACAGGACCAGUGGUCAGGGAUGAUGGGAAUUGUAGUCCCAAAACAUCUGGAGGGCCGAGUUUGCCUAUGCCUGGUUAAGCACUGCUUAGGAAGGCAUAGUUGGCUUCUUCCUCUCUGGGCUGACGUUGCAGACUAGGCCUCAGUCUUGUAUCACUGGGCAAGGAGGACCAGAAGGUGGCUUCUAAAACAGUCAUAGCACACAAAGGUAGGAAGCCAAAAUUGUUCUUAAAAACACAGUUACAGAGAGAGAGAGAGAGAGAGAGAGAGAGAGAAAGAGAGAGUUAGGAAGAUGGUAGGCAGGACAGAAGCAGGAGACACUGUUCUCAGCCUUGGUGGGCAAUGCCAAAGAGGUAGAACUGAGGGGCAUUGAAACUCCUGGGUCAAGCAAGGAAAACAGAAAAGGCAGCAGGCAAGAGAAAAAAUCUCUGCUUUGGCUAGCAAGAAUCUAGGGGGAGCAGGAAAAACAAUGGAGCCCUUAAAAGCACUGGCAGAGGGAGAGCAUGAAGCUCCGCCACUGCUUAAAAGGGCUUUUGGAAUAGGCAGACUAGAGAAAGUGUUGGAAUCAGCACCUGAGAUUGAGAAGCCUAAUGAGCUUCCAUGACUGCACAUGCUCAGGCUUUAGAAUCUUAAGGGUGGCAGAGGAGAAGAAGAGAAAGAGAAGCAUCGAUACCAAGCAUACAAAGCUGUAGGAUUGACCAGAUUUCAUCAUUAUCCUGCUUUGGAAGAAAAUGUUUGUAAGAAGGGGUAGCCUCUACCCAGCGGUGGAGCAUAUGCCCUCGCUACCAAGAGCGGGCGAGCUCCCGAGGAGGGCGUGGCACGGAGGGUGCCUUCCCCGGCACGGGAUAGCCACUCAGGUUCUCAGAGUGGUGUGUGUGCCCUGCAGCCGGGGGCGGAGCGAGCUGCCCCUGGUGGACAUUUGGCACAAUGCCCGCCAGCGACUCCCAAGCCUCCCCCAAGCUGUCAAAAUGAAGGGGGAACGGGGGAAGGCUUGGGAGUCGCAGGUGGGCGGCACGCCGAAUGUCACCCCCCUCAGUGAGGGCACCCGGGGCGGUCUGCCCCCCGCCCCACUUCCUAUGCCCCUGCCUCUACCCCAGGUUUUUGAAGAAGGGGGUUAAUACUGGCUGUUUCCUAUUGACUGAGCCAUGGGAAAUGUCCACUUUUGAGUGGUGCCUAAACAUCACAAAGAAGUCUCAAAGGUAAGGCACCCUCCAAAAUGCCAUAAAAUAACCAACUUUCCAGCCUUUAUUAUUCUUGAUAAUAUCCCAAAAGAAUGGCCAAAAAUGUAUAAUUCACUUUUCCUAUGUUACUCAAACUCCGUGUUGUGCUCACUGGCUAAAGAUGGUUAGCUGGGAAAUUAGAGUGCAUUAUGAAAAUUAAAAUUGUACAUAUGGUGUGUAAUACAUAAUAUAUGUAUCUGUUGAAAUAUGUUAUACCAACUUGACUAUUGUAUGCAGAAGAUACAAAACAUAAAUAUUACAGAUUUACAGCUGAAUGCUACUUUUUUAAAAAAAAAUGCAACUAUUUUGUUAACCUUUGUCAAACUGAAUUUAUUUAAAGCUGAGCAAGUUUUUUUAACUUUUUUCCUGAUAAUAUGGCAGCAGAUUGCUCGGAGGGGAAUGGUAAGUUAGUGAACAUUUAGUCUGAGAAAGAUGGGUUACUUGGGCUGUACUGUGAAAUAACAGAUUCUUAUCAAUAGGUUACUGAAACAGAUACGCCACUCCAUUAAUCUGUUAUUUUUUAACUUUGUGUAGGUGUUUUCAUGAAGGAGGCAUGCAGAUGUAAUUAUUUCUUACUGCAGUUUAUAUCACAUCUAUAUUUAUCUAAACAUGAUGCAGUAUUUACAUAUUCAUUUAUUUCAUCUAACAAACUUAAGAUACUGUUCAUAGGGUGAUUCACUUACCCCAGCCUUAAUUAAGAGAACUCAGGGUGAACACUUACACUUCAAGAGCAAAGCAGAAAUAUAUUCUAGUUCCACAGUCAAGGCAGAACUCUAUACAGGUAACUCACAACUUGUGUGCAUUCAGCUUUACAUGCUUGGUAAAUAAAAAUAAAAAUAAAAGGGGUGGAAAGUGGACGAACAUUUGGGAAACAAUACUUUGGCAAUCCCACCCACCCUGGAAACCAGUGUGUUUUAACAAUAUGCAAUUUUGGCUUCACAUGCUACCUCCGGAACAUAAGUUGAGAGUCGCCUGUAUAGAAAUGAUGGAUAUAGAACGUUUGUUUGACAGCCAGUGUGCAAACCCAGGGCGAAUGCAUAUCACAGUUCCAAAAUGCAGGGGAAAUACAAAAUUUGUUGUUCAUCACAGAAUUAAACUCUCAGGUUUUGUUUAGAAAAGCAUUGUCCUUAUCCAUUCAUGUAAUAGGCAAGUGAGGCCUAAUAACCAGUAGGUCAAGAUGUAGAAUCAUCAAAUUCUAGAGUUGGAAGGAUCCCUGAGGAUCUUCUGGUCCAAACCCUUCCAUGCAGGAAUAUACAGCUGUCCCUUGCAAGGAUCAAACCAGUAACCUUGACAUUAGCCACACCAUGCUCUGACCAGCCGACCUGGUCUAGCUGCAGUUGUGUGUCUCAUUAGAAGAAGAAGCUAGCCAGUUGUGCCAAUGUGUUUCUGUGUUACAUUAUACAAAAUAAGAAAAAUAAUCCAAUUUUGCUUAAUUUGCAUAAUUGAUUCAGUCAUAUAAUCCAACUUUUCUUGUUGUUGCAUCCUAAUAAUAUUUAGCAGCCCCAUGAAAAACUUGCCUACUCACAUUGAAUACAAAUUGGCAUCCAGAUGAUGCUAAAAUUAUCAAAUCAUUAUGUGCAGAUAGACGCACAAUUUAUUCAGUGUCAAAUACACGUCAAAGGCAAUAACUCUGAAUACAAGAGUUGCAUGUGAAAAGUAUGUUUGAAAUGCAGACUCAGAUUUUCAGGAUAUAUACAUUUAUAUUCCUUUAUAUUCCUCAGACAUGAGCAGACAAGAAGAAAUGUAUCUUGAAUUUUGAAUCCUACAAGUGAUUUGAAUGGCUUUAUAUAAUUAAAUCCAAAUUUAUAUACUGAGAGUCAUGCUACAUUUUUGGAAUAAGCAGAUUGAAGUCUGAUCUCUAAAUGACCAUAAUGUGGCAGCAGACAUGGGGGGGGGAGCAAAGUCAACCUGAAUUUAGCCUCUACGCACCUUUUCAUCCCUCCCAAACAGGUGUCCAAUUCUGACAAAACUGGUAGUAGUAAAUAUUAACUUGUUAUGGUAUAUGUGAUCUCAGCCCAUAACUUUAUGUACAACCACAUGUACUAGGUCAGGGAUCUAACAAAAGAAAAUAUUCACACAACACAUUUUCAUGCAGAAUCCAAAAUAGGAAUUGACUGUUUUAACUGAAUCAGAAGUGGGGUGUCUGGGUUUGAUAACUGGCACAAAAAUUGAAAGAACAAACCCCUUAUAAAUGUUACACUCUUUUUAGGCUAUCUAGCUUUAGCAUAUUUAAAUAUUUUGCAGAAAUGCUUUAAUGUCCCUCUAUCCUCCAAAUACAGUUUCCCUGAUUCAUUUUUCCAUGUAUUUCAAUACACUGUUUUUGAAUCAUGGACCCCAUUCCCUUACACAGCUUCGAGUAGCUUUCAAAUGUGCAAAUCAGAAACUUCAAAUAGAAAACAGUGUGUUAAGUUUCAGUAUUAAAGCAUCCUAGUAAAUGAAGAUUAUAAAGUUUAUAAGGAGUUUGCUCUUUAACUUUUACCUAUGUAAUCUUACCUACAUAGGUACAUGAGGAAGAGACUUUGAUUCUGAUCCUAUGCAUGUCUCCUUAGAAGUAAAUCCUACUUCAUUUGGUGGGAUUUGUGUCUCACUGCAGGCUUUGUGAAUUUGUGCAUGAGACCCGAUAAUGUUUUCAAAAUGUUUGUUGUUCAUUCAGUAAAAGGAUAGGAUUUUAGGGCAGAAGGAACUUUGGUAUUUCCAGGCUGGGGAAGGACUUUCAAACUCCAGACAUGGGGACCUUUCUACCUCCAGAUGUUGUUGGACUACUACUCCCAUCAUCUAUGUGCAUUGGCCAUUCUGUCUGAGGCUAAUGGGAGUUGGAGUCUCAUAACAUCUGGAGGGACACAGGUUCCCACCACUGCUUUAUCUUCAGAAUUCACAGCAAUUAACUUUAUUUAUCUAAGUUGUUAUUAGCUGACAGGGACGAACGAAUUACCUAAGGCAAGAAGCACCUGACAAAUUUCACAAGACGAAUCACCUAUUACAGUAUAUAACAGUGUAAAGAAUUAAAAUGUGACAGAACAGUUUUUAAAAGCAGCAAAUAUCUCUGUGCUCCAAAUAUGGCUUUGUAAAUUUUCUCCCAAUAUUGUGGUUUUAUACAGUGCCCCCCCCACUGCUAUCAGUUUCACACAUUAGUGUAUAGCUUUUAUAGGCUAAAGAAAUAAAGAUGCACUGAAGAAUAGAUCCAGAGGCAUUCAUAAUCCAGUUUUCAAGUACAGUUGUACCUUGGUUGUUGAACACUCCGGAACUCGGACGUUUUGGCUCCCGAACGCCGCAAACCCGGAAGUGAUUGUUCCGGUUUGCAAAUAUUCUUUUGGAACCCUAACGUCUCACGGGGCUUCGGCAGCUUCUGAUUGGCUGCAUGAUUUGGUUUUUGAAUGUUUUGGAAGUCGGAUUUCGUUCAACUUCCAAGGCACAACUGUAGUAGGCUCCACUACUUACUCCCCAAAUGAACAGACCCCGAUCCAAAAUGUUAGCUAAGCAAUGUGUGAGAGAGAAUCUCACUUAUUUCACGCUCAGGGUUUUUAAUGAACAUAAAAAAAUUAGAAAGAGCCCACAACGUAUUGCUAUAUAGUAAGAGCUGUGAGUGCUAUACUGUUGUCCUCUUUUUGACUUGUUCCUGUGUGAAGUGUACUGUUGUUGCUUAAUAUUAAUGGCUCCAGUUAAACAUAUAUGUAAUUAAGGUUGCAGGACUAUCAACACCAUUUUUCCAUGACCAUCUUUAGAUAAAUGUUUUUAAUUAUAAUAAAAGAGCAAAAUUAUUGACAUGACAUUAAUUGAAUGAAUGAAUGCAGUUAAUCUCUACAUUUUAAAGACAAGUGGUGUCUUUAGCUGUGCCAGUAUGGGCAUGGAUUGAAGGAGGAAAGGUGAUCUCAGUUAAAAUCCCUCCACUUCCCAGCUAUAUGAAUAAAAAUGAAAGCCAUUAAAGCAGGGGUCGGCAAGGCUUACCGGGCAUGGGCCAGAUCACUCCUGCGGAGAUCCUCCUUGGGCCAGACUGGCACAGCACAACGCCAGAAAUCGCGUCUGCGCAUGUCCGCGGUGCCAUAAAACACUUUUGUGCAUGCCCAGACACCAAAAAUUGCGCCUGUGCAGAUGCGAUUUCCAGCGUCUGGGCAUGCACAGAAGCAAUUUCCAGAGCUGCGGAAGAGAGUCCCUGUGCCGCAAGGCCGGUUUAGUGCAGCGCGCAGGGACUGGCCAAGCGGGCAGCUCAGUUCAGGGGCGGCUUGGGGGCCAGUUAAACGGCCUCCAUGGGCCACAGGUUGGGGACCCCUGCAUUAAAGGCUUCUCUCUUAAUGUAAAUAGCAGCUUUUGGAUGGGGGGGUUGUUGUCAGGGUAUGGUGAGAGGAGUUAAACCCCUUCCCUUCUCCUGCAGUUGUGAUACUGUGGACUCUUCCAUGGUUGCUAUUUACAUUUUUUAAAUGCACAUGUAAGUUGCAUUAAAGGGACGCUGGUGGCGCUGUGGGUUAAACCACAGAGCCUAGGACUUGCCGAUCAAAAGGUCGGAGGUUCGAAUCCCCACGACGGGGUGAGCUCCCGUUGCUCGGUCCCUGCUCCUGCCAACCUAGCAGUUCAAAAGCACGUCAAAGUGCAAGAAACGGCUUAGUCAUGCUGGCCACAUGACCCGGAAGCUGUACGUCGGCUCCCUCGGCCAAUAAAGCGAGAUGAGCGCCGCAACCCCAGAGUCGGCCACUACUGGACCUAAUGGUCAGGGGUCCCUUUGUUGUUGUUUAGUUGUUUAGUCGUGUCCGACUCUUCGUGACCCCAUGGACCAUAGCGCACCAGGCACUCCUGUCUUCCACUGCCUCCCGCAGUUUGAUCAGGGGUCCCUUUACCUUUACCUUUUAAGUUGCAUUAACAUCCUCUCUAGUUUGACCCUUAAUAACAGCAACUCAUUCUCAGGAGAUUUCCUUUUUCUUUUUAUACGACUGUAUUGUGCACAGUCCCUUCUCUUUGACACUCCUAGGGCACAAUUCAGUCAGAAUUAAGCACUUGUAACUCCCAUUUUUUUUAAGUAGAGGAUUUAAUUUAUUUUAAGAAAUGGGUAUCACACUUUAUAGGAUAAAAAUAAAUUUCAGUCAAAGUAGAAAAAGUUUAAAAAUACAGCAAACAAAUAUCCAGCAUUUAAAAGCAUUUUUUUGGGGGGGGGGGAUCCAGAGCACAGAUGUAGCAAAGAGAAAAAAGCCUAACUAGGAAUAAAAUUUAUACAUUCAGUCUAGCCUAAAGGCUACAUGGAAGAGCUGACUUUGGCCAGGUGGCUGAAACUGUCUAUCAGUCUGGUAGGUCUCUCCAGGGAAAGCAAGCAAAGUUUAGCAAGAGCUUGAAAUCCAUAGGACAAAAGUAUUUAACUUUAUCUUCUACUAGUUAAAAUAUAUUUGGGAAAAGUAGAUGUGAUUGUAGACCUCAGUCCUUAACUUCUAACUUUGAAUCGUGGCAUUUUAAAGUACCCAAGAAGGCCAAAAGGAGAGAAGGUCAAGAAAUAAUUGCAGAAUCAAACUUUCUGUAACCUGCACAAAGUUUCAUGUAACCUUAGUUUUCCAUGUUAAAGCAAAAGCACUUGGUUUGUUGCAUUUCUUGUGAAUAUUGUUUGUUAACAGAUACAAGGCUAAAAAAAUUGGUAAGUGUGUGUUGUCAAACAUUCAUUAGUAUUAAGUUCAAGUCAUAUUACUAAACAUCAAUAUUAAAAGAUUAUAAAGAUAGUAAAUGUAUUGUUGUUUAUGGUUUUCCUUUAUUCUAAACUGACUAAAACAGCAGUAUGGGGGUUUACAUAAUAUAUAUAGAAUAAAAUAUAUUGCCAUUGGUAAUCCUCAGUAUAUUCUUUAUUUUUAACCCUCAGUAAGCGUAAUAAUAGAAGAAAUUAAUCUAAUGCAGUAAUUCAUUCUUUUAUUAAGGAAGCACAUAAUGACACAUGGUAAUGGUUCAUUGUAAAUGCAAGGUAUUUUAGCUACUUUGUUGAAAAAAAGAAGAUAUUGUUUCUAAUUGACUUGUAAAAUUCCCAUCUUUUCAUCAAGUUUACUUACUUUUUUCCUUGUAUUUUUUCUUUCAUACAGGCCAUGCAAGUAAAGGUACAGGUCAAAGUGCAUGAUGUGUCUUUAUGUUUUAGUUUUAGAGAUGACCAGGCUCUCAGCAUUCUUUCCAUUGAUCACAGCAGUGGCGUCACAAAGGGAAGGUACAUGUUCUGCCCAAUAUAAAUCCUAUUGGAAAGUUAGGCAGAUUUUGCCAGAACAUCUGUUUUUAUACUCCUCUCCUACACACUUUUCUAUACAGGCCUGGGUAUUGAUUUCAUGGGGAAGAAAAUGGCCCAACAACAUCUCUCUUCUGCCUCUGUUACCAUCCUCAUUUUAUGUAAAUUAGUUUAGUAUCUUUAAUUGAAAAAGUGACUCAUUAAUGUAUUGGGAUUUUUAACAUUAGAAAUACUAAUAGACGUAGUAGUAGUAGUAAAUGUACUAUGCUUGUCAUUGCUAUGAUUGUCCAUUAAAAUAUCUAGAUUACUUUAUCAAAUUAUUCUUUCCCUCCUCUUUGCCCUCCUUCCCUGCAAUCAAGACUUACGGAUACAAAAUAAUUUUGGAUCACACUAAAAUCAGUGUACACAUCCCGUACCAAAUUUAUUUAAAAUUUCCCCACAACUUGGAAACAAUCAGGAAAAAUGUAGGAAUUAUGAAUUGUAUUUUACAACCUUUUACUGGGAGUAAACCCAUUGACAUGAAUGGUCUUGACUAAUUUAGGGCCAUUAAUUUUAGUGGGUCUACUCUAAGUAAGCUUAGUUGCAUACAAUCCGGGGGAAAGUUGACGAUGAUAUUGGUAAUAAUGAUGGCUCUGUGCUGGAUCUGCCCUGGCAAAACACAACAACUUGGGAACAACUAGGGAAAAGGUGGUCAUUAUCACCAUUGUCAUCAUGACGCCACGCAGUGGGCUCUUUCCUCCAAAAAACAACAACCACCAACCACAACUUUGGAACAAUCCUGCUGUAGGACAUGCAGCCGAAACACAAAAAAAAGGGGUUGUCAUAUCCUCUUUCCACCCCCAUGUUUAAUUGAGGAUGCUCUCAAACAGAUGCCUGCUUUUUGUGCCAGCAGGUAGCAAAACUAACACAACAGCAAUGGUAGGAUUCCUGACUUUCUUCCCCCCACACCCACAUUUAAAGAAAAUAAAUUCUCAAGAUGCUGCCUGCUGCCAACUGCUCCACAUUGCUGGCAAGGAGCAAAGCAAAGUAAAGAUAGCAGCAAAUGGGUGAAUCCAAUAACUAGGAAAUAAAACAAAAGUAAAGUUGCAACCCCAGGAAUUCCUUUUGCCUGGUCCAAACAACUCACUUAUCAAUCAGAGCUCUGACUUCAGUGUAGCUGGGUGACCUCGAGCCAGUCACACUUCUUUGAAGUCUCUCAGCCUCACUCACCUCGCAGAGUGUUUGUUGUGGGGGAGGAAGGGAAAGGAGAAUGUUAGCCGCUUUGAGACUCCUUAAAGGGAGUGAAAGGCGGGAUAUCAAAUCCAAACUCUUCUUCUUCAUUCACUAAAAACAAAGGUUGACUCAUUUCACAGAAAUUGCUUCGAAGGGUACUUGCACAUUUUGCUUCAUAACUUUCUUUCUCGGAAGUUUAGAGCCUUUUUUUUUUUCUUUUAAUGAAAGCUCAGAGUCUGGAGCAGCUGCCUGAGGGCGCCCAUGAAAACCUUCCUAAAUGCCAGGUUGGGAACCUUCGUAACUAAGCCAAACCAUGGCUUAGCUUAUGGCACUGUAGCAGCAGCAAGUCUGGGAGAAGAGUGCUGCAGCUGCAGUCUCUUCUGGGAACCCCCCAUGCUAGCACUUUUGCACUAAGCCAUAGUUUGACUUAGCUUUACAUGUGAAGCAGCUCAAUGUAAGCUGCCUGAUGAACUUUGUUUAGUUAGGUGGGUUGCAAACAUUCCAAACCUAUCAGUAGUCUAUAGCUCAGCAUUACAUUUACACCAGAUCGAAUUGUAGCCCUCAUCAUUAUAGAGGGGAAAGUAAGUAAAGAUCUUCCCUGCUUUAAUAAUAAGACUGAUGACUAGAAAGAAAGGACAGAUACCCUUGAUGGGUUUCUGCUAGUAUAGAAUAAAUAUGAACAGAUAAUUUUAAAGCACAACCCACUUCCUUACCGUCAUGAACAGAGCAUGAUGUUCUAUGACUUUCCAGUUCUAGCUUUGUAAAUUGAGAUUUACUGAGUAGCAACUUUAAAAGACUGAAAUUUGGUGGCAGAGACAGAAUGGAGCAUUUCUUCACUUUUAAAAUGUAUUUCCCCCCCCUUUACUGUGUUUAUGUUAAACAUUCUUACCCACUCAUACUGAAGUAGAUAACGGGGAAUCUUUUCUGGAGAAACCUGUCCUCCAAGGAACAGAAGAAUGAAAAACUAGGACUGACUUACCUGCUGUGUUACACCAGUUACCUCCCCUGAUUAACAGACGAGUGACGCCACUGGGUCCCCGUGAUACAUUGUGGCAUUUGUUUGUCUGCUAUCAAAGUAGAGUACAAAUUAAUGUCAUUAAAUAUAGAGCCAUUAUUUCAUUGCUACUGUAGAAAACUUUUUCUAAGGCAUUUUGACAAGCAAAGCUUUGAGGCAAAAUACUUCCUGCAUUUGUCGGUCCCUGAAGGAAAACCACCACAUCAUGUUUUUGUUCAUAACUGAACUGCCAAACAUGUAGGAAUGGCUAGAUGCUUUGGUAGUUUUCAUAAAAAUGAGAGCUUUGCAACAAUUUACCCAAAGUGCGUGCACUGUUAGACUUUUCUUUCUCCUAGAAUAAAAACCGUGUGGUAAUUGUUUGCAAACAAUCAGUACUAACAGCUCUUACUGUACCAGCAUAAGAAGCUUGUACAGUUUACUCAGGGCCUUAAAUUUUCAUUUGCAGCGGCAAUAAGAUGUGGAGGGUUUAUAGCAAGCGCCUGCUGUUUGUAGCAGUGAAAUGCUAUGAGCCCAGCUCUGAAUUCAUGUGUGUGGCAAAUUCUCACUGUGGCCAGUGAGAGUCUAUUUCAAGCAUGGAAUUCAGGAAGGGGACAUUUUUUGUGUGGCUUUUUAGUGUAAGUUUGUUCAUAGUAUGAUUCUGUUAAUGAUGAUCUUGUUGUUGCUCAGAGCUUUGAUCUGCUGCCUUAAAUAAAAAGUUUUAUUUUACAUUAUUUGGAUAGAAUAGGACAGAUAUUAUGUUGAUGUGCAACCUGUUUACUGUCUCUUUCCUAGGGCUCAUUUUCCUUAUGCUCUGGGUGACUGAAGCUGCUGACAGUGUAGUCUGAUACAUUUACCUGAUUUUUUUUUAUCAACAAUGGAGUUAAUGAAAAGUAGCUUUCUAGUGUACAAACUCAUAGGCUUAUGACUUUAUUGAAUUCAUAUAUAGGCAACAUGAGACCUUUUUAAAAGCAGCAUUACAGAUACAUUUCAUACAUGCAUAGAAUGCUCAGAAUGUUAGAAACACUUACUGUCUUCUAAAAGUACAAAGCUUAUUGUCAAAACUUUUAUCCGUUUCAGAUGUUAUUCGUAUGUGUAUGUAUGUGUUUUUGGAGAUGUGUAGAUUGUAGAAAAUUACAACGUGUGUAUUCUUAGAUUUUCUGUGGUGAAGUAAAUUAUGAAGUGCUACUAAAAUAAUAUGUAUUUUCCACAGCAGUUCUUUGGUUCACUUAUAUUUUCCCAAGUUUAGCCAUUAAAUAUAUAUAUAUUACAUAUAAUAUGUCAAUAUAAAAGUCUAGCUUUGGUUGGAUAAUUAGGGGAAAUAACUAUUUAAUAUGAAUGAAUCACAUAACUACACAAUAUAUUUUGUAUGUAUCUUCCAGUCUGGAGGUCAUGAUCAAGAACGAAAGAAAUCAAAACGUAGAGGGGAUUUAUAUUCAAUACAGACUUCUCUAAUUGUAGCUGCACUUAAAAAAAUGCUUCCCAUUGGACUGAAUAUGUGUACGCCUGGAGAUCAAGAACUGAUAUCUCUUGCUAAGUUCAGAUACAGCUGUGUAAGUCGAAGUUUUGCUCAGUUAAGAGUGUUCAAUUUUGAAAAUCCAGCAACCACAUGGGGAUUGUGAUUCUAAUACAGGCAUAGGCAAACUCAUCCCUCCAGAUGUUUUGGGACUACAAUGCCCAUCAUCUCUGACCACUGGUCCUGUUAGCUAGGGAUGGUGGGAGUUGUAGUCCCAAAACAUCUGGAGGGCCGAGUUUGCCUAUGCCUGUUCUAAUACAAGGAUUCUCAAAAAGCACACGUUGCUAUGCAGUAUCAGGAUAUGCCCUCGCUGCAACGCCUGCAUCUCAACAGUGCGAGAAAUGAUGAACAAGCCUUCCAUAUGGCAAACCAGUUUAUUCAUUGGUCCAAAUGCAUCUAGAAAAAUGAAUGCCAGACCAAAGCACUUGACUGAUUAAAUACUUAUUGCCUGAACUGGAAAGCUGUUCAUAGAUCUUAAAGACACAAAGGUAUGCUUAUAUUUACUGAAUGCAUAGAAUAUGUCAUAACAAAUAGAAUAGUAUGGCAUCAGGGCCGUCUUUAGCAUAUGCAUCGCCAGGGUACAAAGAUCCGUCCAGCACCCCCAAAUUUUUUUUGGGGGGGGCAUGUCAAAGUUGUUGAGCUUUUAAGGAGGGGAGCAGCGAAAACCACUAACAUGAAAAAAAAAUGGCAGCGAUAACUCUGUCUUUCCAUUUUUGCAAUCAUGCGAAAAUGAAAGACACCACUAGGGGGCAGCGCCGGAUACAUUGGUUCUGCAGCUGUUUUGCAAAUGAGAAUGGAAAUGACCCAUUGACCCCAAUCAUCCAUGGCUCGCAGUUAAGAGCUUAGGUGGCUUCAGCGGUGGGCACCCCCUAGAAUUUGGUGCCCGGGUGCACCGCACCCCUUGCACCUCUGGGUAAAGACGGCCCUGUAUGGCAUCUUAAAGGCAUCCUAGCAAAUUUACAGUACCCAAGCUGUCCUGGACCAGAGCCCGUAUCAUCAGAUGUAUGUAAGAAAAAUGGGGCCAGUUGUGGGAACUGAGGAAAUAUCUCACAUUAGCUACACAUAUUUCAUUUACGUUUGCCAUGGCUCAGUUGCUAGAGCAUGAGACUCUUAAUCUAAGGGUCAUGGGUUCAAGCCCCAAAUUGGGUAAAAGAUUCCUUCAUUGCAGGGGGUUGGACUAGAUGACCCUCGUGGUUCCUUCCAACUCUGCAGUUUUAUGAUUCUAUGAAACAAACAGUUACCCUUAUUGAAUAAGGGAUUGGUCAGAUAUGAGCAUAAAAAAUGAAUUUGGCUUUGCACACCUACAGUUCUUAUCACAUUUUCCACACGGAAUCCUAUGUACGUGUUGCCUGCUGUUGCUUCUUGAUGGGAGGCAGCUGUCUAGGAUCCUGUUUUCAGCUUUCCAGCUAUUCUUCCAGAUUGGAUUCCAAGAAAACAAAUGGACCAUAUUUGGUGUUUAAAAAACAUAUAGAUAAUAAUUGGGAAGAAGUACAGUCAGAAACAUUCACUUACUAAAUCCACAAAUAUCAACAUACAAGACUUUCUCACCAGCUGUUUCAGAACUCUCCCUGCUUCUCACAGCCUCUCCCAAUCUUCACUCCUUCCCUAGGGAAAUUGGAUCCUCCUGUCUCUUCUGGGUUACAAUAUAAUUAUUCUGUUGGCAAAAUUUUGCAGCCCAGUUGUAGAUGGUUGCGGGCUGUCUCAUCACCAGGAUAUUUGCUUUCUAGAAAGAUAAUUUAAUAAGUUAGUCCAACUUUUAUUAUGGCACAGAUUAAUAUAUGCUUAUAUUUGUAUGCAGAAAGACACAGAAGAAGAGGUGAAGGAGCAUUUACGCAAUAAUUUGCAUUUGCAGGAGAAGGUAAUGUUCAAAAAGGUCUGUCAGAUGAAACGUUUUUUAGCAUUAGGAAAAGUUUUAAAACAUUUAGAUGUUUAACAAGGCAAUCUUUUGCUUAAGUUAUGCAGGCUAUGAGGGCUAUAGGAUUUAGCAGGCACACCUCUGCGCUUUUGGUAUAGAAACUGCCUUUGUUGCCCUGUAUGAUCACCUCUAGGGAGUGUGUCCCUAGUGAUCUUCCUUGAUCUGUCAGUGUCUUCUGAUACCAUUGACGAUGGUAUUCUUCUGGAGAAGCUGUCUGAGUUGGGAGUGGGUGGCACUGCUUUAUGACGGUUGCAGUCCUACCGGGAUGACUGUUUUCAGAGGGUGGUGCUUGGGGAGUUUGGUUCAGCACUGUGGAGCCUUAAGUACCGGAUUCGAUUUUAUCCACCAUUGUGUUUAAUAUUUACAUGAAAUUGCUGGUCAGGUCAUCUAGAGUUUUGUAGUACAUUGUCAGUAAUAUGCAGAUGAUACAUACACAGCUUUACUUCUCCUUUAUGCUCCUGGCAAAAACACUAUUAUUUGCUCUAACCUUUGGAUCACAAUUUUCUGCUUAUCUUUUAGUGGGGUAGGGUGGAAUUAGAGCUGAUUUUGGAAUUUUCCCAGUGGCAUGCUUUUCCUAAUCUUUUAGGCUGAGUGAGUAUAAGAUAUGGCAAUCAUAUCCCCAUGCCCCCAGGCCUGACAUAAUUAAAGUAUAGGAUUGCUGUGUAAGAGUGGGGCAUUUUAUUUAUUUCCCCCUCAAAUGUUUAUUUAAAUAAGUCUGCUAAGUAUUUUUAAACAUUUUUGAUACAAGAUCGUAUGUGUUAUUUGCAGUCAGAUGACCCAGCUGUGAAAUGGCAGUUGAAUUUGUACAAGGAUGUCUUGAAAGCUGAUGAACCUGUUGAUCCUGAGAAAAUAGUGCAGCGUGUGCAAAGGAUCUCAGCAGCUGUGUAUCAUCUGGAACAGGUGAAAGGGACCUCACCUAUCAGCUAUAUAGUUUCACAGCAGAACAUGGAGUUCUUAGCUAAGCACAUAUAUUAUAACAGAGACUGUGUUUCAAAUUGGGGAGUCCCUGGUUCAGAUCUAGCUUCUGACAUGUAUUCAGUAGCUGGACUUACAUAAGCUACUCUCAGCCUUAGCCCCUGUCUGCAAUAUGAAGGGUAAUACUACUGACUUAGCUUACAGGGUAACACCACCACCACCACCACCACCACCAACAACAACAACAACAACAUAUUAUUUAUACCCCGCCCAUCUGGCUGGGUUUCCCCAGCCACUCUGGGCGCCUUCCAACCAAAUAUUAAAAACAAUACAGCAUCAGACAUUAAAAACUUCCCUAAACAGGGCUGCCUUCAGUUGUCUUUUAAAAGUAAAAUAGUUGUUUAUUGCCUUGACAUCUGCUGGGAGGGUGUUCCAAAGGGCAGGCGCUACUACCGAGAAGGCCCUCUACCUGGUUCCCUGUAACCUCACUUCUCACAGCGAGGGAACCGCCAGAAGGCCCUCAGCGCUGGACCUCAGUGUCCGGGCUGUAUGAUGGGGGUGGAGAUGCUCCUUCACGUAUACAGGACCGAGGCUGUUUAGGGCUUUAAAGGUCAGACCAACACUUUGAAUUGUGCUCGGAAACAUUAUUAUUAUUAUUAUUAUUAUUAUUAUUAUUUAUUAUUAUUAUUUAUUGAAUUUAUAUACCGCCCUAUACCUGGAGGUCUCAGGGUGGUUCAUGGAAAAGAUAAACAUAAAAGCCCAAAUACAUAUAAUCAAAAUAAAAACAACCUAAUAAACACCCCCCCCCCCCCGAAAAAAAAACAUGUUUAAAAGGGCAUGGAUGUCACAUCAGAUCAACCAAGGGCCUAGUUAAAGUUUUUUGCCUGGUGCCUAAAGGUGUAUAAUGAAGGCACCAGGCAAACUUCCUUGGGGAGAGCCUUCCAUAGACGGGGAGCCACUGCGGAGAAGGCCUGUUCUCAUGUUGCCACCCUCCAGACCUCACAAAGAAGGGCCUCAGAAGGUAGAUACAGGGGUGACAACUAGACAGUUCUAAUGUCAACAUUUAUAACUUUGGGAAAGCUCAGCCUGUUCUGGACGGGCUGCACUUCUGUUGAAAGACAAGGCAUUGUAUCCACGAACUUACUGUGUUCAUGGAAUGAUUUCUGCUCACGCAAUGGAACUUUAUUUCCUCCCUUGUGUGCCCUCCAAAUCUGCUCUGGAAGGGUAGGAGGGGGACCCAGGACAAAUUUGUGUGACGCACAGGAAUGGGAAGUCCUACAAGUGAUGCCACAGGUGCAGUGAGUGCAGAGGAUACAACCCCAGGUUUUCAAUAUAUGGAUACUCCUGGAUCCAGCUCUGCCUCUAGCCUCCUGUUUAGGAGUAUUUUUGCACAUCUCUGGGUGGUGUGUCCCCUGCAGUUUUUCCUAGGAAAGGUAGAUCAGAAUUCAGUCCCUAGAGAGGUAAAUUGUCUCCAUCUAUUAUGGCUUUCAGAUGAACCCCAAAGGUUCUUCUGUUUCGCCAAACAUUUGGCUUGAUGUGAUUUUCUCUCCAGUGUGAGGUUAGGUUUAAUCUUGUGUGUUUUGUGCAUGCAUGUGUGUGUGUGUACACACACACACACACCGUGUAUUUUCUACCAUUGUCAACUUACAGAUGGCAUCAGCUGAACUGGAGUUGUUAUUUACAAUAGUGUUUUUCCAUAGGUUGAGCAACCAUUAAGAUCAAAGAAAGCAGUUUGGCACAAACUCUUGUCAAAACAACGUAAAAGAGCUGUUGUGGCUUGUUUCAGGAUGGCACCGUUGUAUAAUCUGCCAAGGUACAUAACUUUUAAUUUUUUUUUACAUGAGACUCUUGCUAUUGCGCUUCAGAACAGUGGGUGUUCUUACCUGACAUGCUUUCUGUGACACGGUAUUGAAAGUUCAACCAGUUUCUUAAAGUUUCCUGUUGAGCCAUAUUAGAAGAGCAUCAUAUGUCUUUGUAAAAGAGAUGCUCUAAUCCUUAAUUCUGUUUCAAAUGGAAAUAGAACACAAGACUCGCAGAAGCAUUUUGUAAAGCAGUCUUAACAGUAUUCUAAUAGCACACUAGGAUCCCAAAUUAAUUCUAACCUCAACUAGCACUGCAAAAAUACAUUUCUAUUACAUUUCAUUACCUUUUCAUUGCUUUUCUGAAUAUCUGAAAGUCUUGUAUUUGGUGAACUUAUAUAUCAUUUUUUAAUCCUUUGCAGUCCCCAGCUGUUUUAAAACAGUGAACUGCAAUCCUAAGCAAAUGUACCUGGAAGUGGGUCAUGUUGAACUCAGUGGGCCUGCUUUUGGGUAGCCAUUCAUAUAUUUUUGAAUUGCCAGGCUGCAAUAUUUUACCCACUUAUUUGGGAGUUAGCCCACUGAACUAUAUGGAACUUACUUCUGAGCAGGCGUGCAUAGGAUUGUACUGUUGGAGCUACUUAUCCUUCCCUUUUGCACAUAAUGGCAGGACAUACAGCUCUGUGUCUGUCAGUAAAAGGGUUGGGGCUUAAGAAUAUCCUCUCCCACAUAUUCAGCUCUUUGUGCUGCACCUAGGGGAAUGAUGCCCAAGAUCCUUUUAGGAAACCACUUAGAAAUUAUUUCAAAUAGACCUGAUAGUUAUGCAAGUGUUACGCAGUCCAUUCUCUUUGAACCACAAUCAGUAAUAUGUUAAUUAUACAUUUCUUGCAUUUUUCUUGUUUUAGCUUCCAGGUUGCCUUGGGAAAUGGAGAACUCAAUAUUUGAUUACCGUAUUUUUCACUCUAUAAGACGCACCAGACCACAAGACUGGUUUUUGGUUUUUGGAGGAGGAAAACAAGGGAAAAAAUAUUCUGAAUCUCAGAAGCCAGAACAGCAAGAGGGAUCGCUGCGCAGUGAAAGCAGCAAUCCCUCUUGCUGUUCUGGCUUCUGUGAUACCUGCACAGCCUGCAUUUGCUCCAUAAGAUGCACACACAUUUCCCCUUACUUUUUAGGAGGGAAAAGUGAGUCUUAUAGAGCAAAAAAUACGAUAUUUAUUGGUGGGGCGAAGGAGCAGUCCGAAAAUGGUUUAACAGUAUAUUUCAGGAUUGCUGAAGCUUUAUUGAUGUUAAUGCAAACCUCUGGUCAAAAUUUUGCAGUCCACCAAGAUAUACCUGCAUCUCUCUUUUUUUGUGUUUGGACCUAUGAUUGUUUGACUGGCCUUGACUGUUUUCAUAAUUUAGGAUGUGUACUGCUGUUUAGUUCCUUGUGAUAGUAAAUCUUUUUUUUUAAAAAAGAAUGAAAGCGUAUUCUCUCCUCAACAGCUGCACACACCUCAUCUCAUCUUGCUCAGGAGGCAUAUCUGAUCCUCCAGAAUGGAUUCUGGAGGCUGUAGGAGGCUGCAGAAUGGCAGAUAAAUCCUUAACAUUAAUUUCCUCAGCAUUUCUUUGAAUCUAAGGCAUUGCUUUUAUGGAUUAAGUAGGCAUAACUGUGUGAUUUCAGUCUCACUCUCUAAUUUCUGUUGACAUCUACACAAUAUUUUAAAAAUGAAGGACACAAUUUGAGUAACAGCAGAGAUGGGGAACAAGAAUUCCAAUAAUAUAUGGAAUUAUUUGUGACUACCCUUUGUGACAAUGGGAUAUCUCCGCUUAUGCAUACAAUUUUGGCAUGGUGGACUGCAAACUGUAUGGACUUGCUAUGUUAUGAAUAUGAAUAUCUGUGACAUUUGAAGAACUGAACCUUUGUAUUUAAGAAGAAUCCUAAUACUUAGGAUUGUCGUCAUUAUUUUUAAUAUAAUCAUGGCCAUAUAGAAUGAGAUGAGAUGCAAAACUAUUAACAUAAAAUGAGAUGUAAAAUUAUUAAUAUAUUUUACAUAUUUAGAUAACCUUUGCUCUUAAUUGCUUUACUAUAAUUAAAUUGUGUUUUUAUUGUUAGUUGAAACCUAUAUGCUUUUCUUCAGACACAAAAUUAGCAAUUUCUACCUGAGCACCUUCCAACGUGUAUGGCUGGAAAAAGUACAUGAAAAAACUCAAUAUGACAGGCUCAUACUCACAUUAACGGUAAUGUAAUGGAGAGCCUCUUGCUUACGCACACACCUACUCCUUCCCAGCCAUGAUAUGAUGUCAUACAAUGAGUUUGUACAAUUUAAUAAGGGAUUCUGAUUGGUCAGUCCAAGUUGAAAAAAAUAGUAGAAAUUCUGGCAGUGAAGCACAAGAAAUGAAUUAAAUAACAAUUUAUUGUAUGCAAUAACAAAUGAAAGUUUCAUAUUCAAUGUGUUAUGUGUUUCCUAAAAAUGACAGUGCUUAAGUUGUAUUUGCUGUGAGUGUUUCUUUAAAAAGUAUUGUUCUCCAGAGGUUCCUAGAAGAUAGUCAGUAGUACCUUUGGGAUGACAUCCCCUACUGAAGCACACAUGCUGAGCUAAUCAAUCUUCACUUCCUUUUGGAGGAGCACCAGUUUCCUAAACUGGCUCUGCUUCAUGAAGCUUUGCCUGAUGAGGCAACUGGCCAUGCAAAUCUGGAGCACAUAUGAGCCCAAUUCACAAGCGGGCUUCUUCUUACAUGCUUUUCUUUCUCUCUUCCUUUAUUUUGAGUUAUUUCCUCACUCUGCCUCUGACACUUCCUAGAAGGGCUGAGAGGCUCUUAAUGAGGAUUGAGGCUGGCGCUUCAAAGGCCCUAGUUUUCCCACCCUCACUGCAGGUGGAAGAGGGACCAGGCCGCACAAUGCUUCAUCUCUUUGGUGGCACCCUUUGAUCCUUAUUGACCCAUGGAUCACCAGUGAUGCCUCACCAAAGUCCAGGAAGAACAAGCUGCAACACAUUCCCCUAUUCCCAGUUCCAGGUCAGUAGGAUGGGUUGAGGUCUCUACCCCCUUGGUUGAAGGCAAGCAGCAACCAUUUGGGACGUAGGGCUCCCAUAGUGCAGUUCUGUCCCUGCCUUUGGCAGCCAGUUGCCAUUAGCUCCCACUGAUCUCAGUUUUUUUCUUUUUUUCUUUUUCACUCCUUUUACCUACUUUAGACCUUAAAUAGCAUAGAUAGCUUAGUCUGUGUCUUUUCUCCCUCAACCCAUAGCUGUGUUUUAUUCCUCUUCACUUUGCCUUUAUUGCAUGGCCAGGCGAAGACCCUCCGACCCCUCGUGACCCCUGGGAGGAAUAAUGACUCAUGACAACAUGUUAUGGGAUUAAAAUUGGCCACAACUUUAUUAAACUUUCAGAUGUAGGGAGACCUUGGCAUUGGGCGUUUAUCCCUCCCAGUCCCCGGCUGGGAAUCAGGGGAAUAUUAGGGUUAUACAAACUGUGUGGGGAUUCGGCUGGCUCUGGAAAACGUAUGUUUAAGCAGAGAGCCUGCCCCCCCAUUUCGCCGCAACGCACUGACAACCUAAUGGCGUAUGGCCAGUGACUCCCCUCAACAAAACACCUUUAGCGGGAACACUGGGAUCACCACCGCAGGGGGGACGUGGGUCACCACUUGACGCCCCCACCCAUUUAGGGAAGAUAGACUAAAGGAUUCUGGGGAGCCAGCUGAGAGCUCCCAGGUAAGUUCCGCCCUCAUUGUGUUUGCAGGGCGGUCCUAAUCCUACCUGGUCAACUCCCCUGGCAACACCUCCCCAGCUGGGAUUGGUUAACUGUCUGAGGUUAGGCAGGAACCUCCAGGUACCCAGCUUGGGGAGGCAAAGCCAGUCUGACUUGCUGGGGAUCGUGUAGGGCCAGGGGGCUGCGCGCGACCACACAAAAAGCGCCCCCCAUUUGAAGUGGAGAGCGGUCAUUCUGUUGUUUUUUCCCCCGAAGCACAUCCUGCCACCUCGCCUUAUGCUGCUCUCCAGUUUUUUCUUUUCAUUCUGUUUCCCUCUUCUUCAUCAGUUCUUGGCUGAACUUCUGCCUGUUCUUCAGACCUCUUCUGCUCAGCCCAGAUGAAGCUCUGAAGGACUUUCUGGUUGAAUCCAGACUCAAAUUUAAGGUGUUGCUCACUCACAAGAGAGAUUACAAAAGACCCAACAGGAUGUCUUCUCCAUAUUUCUACAACCAGUCCUUUCAUAACUUAAGGCAACAGUGGAAAAAGAGACUUUAAACCCAACAAAUUGUAGAACAAACCACACCACACACCCCAAGUGCUCUGAGGUUAUUUAGAUUCUGUUGUAUGUGCAGUAGAAUCUGCAAUGGAAUGUGAAGAUAUGAAAGCUUUUUUCCCCAUACUCUGUAUAUCUAUUGUAAGUUACAUUCUGUGUAACUUAAAGUAAAGGUAAAGGUACCCCUGCCCUGACAGACUCUAGGGUUGUGCGCUCAUCUCACUCUAGAGGCCGGGAGCCAGCGCUGUCUGCAGACACUUCCGGGUCACGUGGCCAGCGUGACAAGCUGCAUCUGGCGAGCCAGCGCAGCACACAGAACGCCGUUUACCUUCCCGCUGGUAAGCGGUCCCUAUUUAUCUACUUGCACCCGGGGGUGCUUUCGAAAUGCUAGGUUGGCAGGCGCUGGGACCGAACGACAGGAGCGCACCCUGCUGCGGGGAUUCGAACCGCUGACCAUGCGAUUGGCAAGUCCUAGGCGCUGAGGUUUUACCCACAGCACCAUUUCCGUCAAACAUUGGGGAAAUUGCUUAUUUAUUUUAUUAUUGUUUUUAUAUCACCGUCCAAGGAUCGAUCACAGGGCAGUUUACAAUAUAAAAACACAAAAAUAAAUACCAUAGUAACAGACAAAAAAUGAUCUGGAUUUAAAAAAAAAUAUUUACUGACCAAUCAGAGGAACACAAUUGUACAAAAUCCAUAUGCUUACUAAUCAUUAACCGCAUAAGCUUUUAUACUGUAUUCCGUUUAUCCCUCUUGAUCUCACUUUCACCCCCCCUCCCAGGCACCGCUCUAUUAACCUGUUCCUCCAUGGUUAUCAGAAAUAUUGGAUAGAAACAGAGGAAUAUUCCUUUGAGGAGAAACUAGUUCAGGAUUUGGCUGUAAGUACAGAUAUGGCUGGUCCCGGUUUCAAAUGCCCACAUUGAUCCAUAUUAUCUAACUAUAUAUUUAUAUCUGCAUCUAUCUAUAUUAAAAUGUGUAUCACUCUUUUCCUACGCCAGAGUUAAUGUUCUUAAAUAUAUAAGGUAUCAGAAAGAAAUAGCCAAGCUGUGCAGUAUAACACUGAUAUAUUCUGUGCAUCCAUGGACACAGCUAUGGCUUAUGCCAAUAUCCGAAAUUGCUUUUUUAUUUUAAAAAAAAUAUAGUUUGAACUAAAACUUAUCAUUGUUCUGCUUUGUUCAGCUUGGCAAUUCCUAUGUUUUAAUUAGCAUUUUCUUUGAAGGCUUAACACAAUUAAUGCUUCUUUGUGGUUUGGAUUUUGGUUAUUGCAUAACCCUCCUUUUUAUUUUAACAUUUCUAAGCUGCUAUACAAGUUAAUUUGGCUUUCUCCUGAUACUCUAAUAGAGUGGUAUUCUAAUGAACUAUAAACUUGUAUGACAGUAUUAAGCAACAAAAGUUUCCUUCCAUAUAUUAAAAUUGGAAUUAUUUGUGCUUCUACUUCACCUUUUAAUAGAACUUCCUUCUAAUUGAGAUAACUAUGUGCAUGUAUUUCUAAGCUUCAGACAGUUUCAGAUGUCUUCUUUUUAACUGAAAACCUAAGAAGUGAUUUAAUUAUUGUUUUAUUUCUGUGUACAUGUAAAAUGAUUCGUUCCCCUAACUAUCAUUAAUAGAGGUUUCCAUCACAUGAAUGCAGUGGAGAAACCAAGUAAUAGUUUUAUUAGUUAAUUACCUCUAUUAGUUUGUAACCAUUUCAAGAGUUGAUAUGAAGUGGUAUUAACCUAUCACUGUGGGAAAAGUUUACUGACCUAAAAUAUUCCUUUUCUCUUAAAAUAAAAGUGCAUUUCAGCUGUCCCUGAUAUAAGCUGCAUCCACAUUAAGCAUUGAAUGAGGGACUACCAUUUUGCAUUCUUUCACAUUUUACAGGGCUCCUCAUAACAUCAUCUGCUUGUAAUUUUCCUAGUGCUCCUUCUGCCUUUUUCUUUUCUCACUACAGAAAGUCUGGGUGCUUUUUAGAGGAAUAGAAAAGCAGUGCAAUACUUGCGAGUGUAGAUGCUGCUUUUCCAUCUUUUAAAGAGAUGUGGUUUUGACAUGGAUAGUAAAGUUAUCAGGCAGGUGAAACUAUCAUAUCUCAUCUAUCUCUUUGUAGUGGGCCAGUGGCGGAGCUUCAUGCUCCGGCACUGGGGGCGGAGAGCAGGUGGGGGCAGGGCUGGCGCACGUCCCGGGGGCAGGGCACAUGUCCUGGGGGUGGGGCACCCAGUGCGGAUGGGGGGCAGCCACGAUGGAACCCCACCGGGAUCGCGCUGCCGGGGGCAGUGCGCUCCCCCCACCCCCUCUUCCUCCGCCAGUGUAGUGGGCAACAUUUUAUAAUCCCCUCAAUUUUUAAAUCACUUCUUAAAUUAGUACUAAAAUCCUUUUAUGACUUUUUUAAAAAAAAUACUAAAAUGGCAGCAAAAAUAUGGUGCAGUGCUAUAACACUACAGCAUUGAUUUUAAAAAGAAAAACGUAUUUCUAGCCUCUGCAGUUUUAGCAUUUUUUGUAGAAUUAAUAUUUCCAGUCUAUAAUUCCAGUCCGAAACAAACAUUUUUUGGAAAUUGCAUUAAUAGCAAUGAACACUCACGCUCAAAUUAGGUAAGUACAUAAUGCUAAAUAAAUAAAUGUUUUUAAUUUUCAAAGUAUUUCUUAGAAUUACCCACCCAACUCCCAAUUCACACAAACAGCUUUUUAAAUCUUCUCUUCCACAUCCACAACGGAUAUUCAAUGGGAGUUGGCAGAACAUAGCAGGAUGAACAUAUAGGGAAAGUGCAAUAGCUGCAGUUGCCUGGAAAGUCAGUUGCAAUUCUGUUUGAAGUUUACUGUGGAAGAGCGAUGACUUAAUAGGGCUAAGAACCCACCCAUAGAUUAUUUAGCGUGGUGGAAAAUAUUGUACAUAGGAUUGUCUUUUGGAGAUUGGCUUUGAUGCUUUUACAGUUGAGUUGUCAGAGGUAUUUAACAAGCAAUAGGAUUUGCGUGAGAGAGAUUAUAUUACUGUGUUUCUUGUAAGAGGUUGUGUGGAUGGUUGUACAUAAAACCAUGCAUCAUGGCAAGCAGAGACAGAAAUGGGCUACGCACUUCAUUUGUCUGACCUAGGUAUGUGAUAUGCUUCAUAUGCUCUGAAGAAAGUGUAAUUCUCAUGAAAAGCGACAACAUCUAAGGGCUCAGAGACAGCUGCAUUCUGCACAGAAUAAAUUGCUCCCACCACCAUCCAUCUCAGAUGACUCUGUAGGGUUGACAAAGAAGGCCCAGUCAUGCUGUAUAGACUUCAGAAAUCAUGGAAUCAUGAGCCAUAGAACUGAUGUGCCAUCAGUAGCACCUCUUGGGUUCCAGGGGUAUCUAGGCAGGCCAGACAGAACAAAUCAGACGCCUGAAUAAUAAUGGGCAUCUCGUCAAGUGUUUUCCUAUAACUAGUUACGUUUCUUUAUAUACUUUGUUCAAAAACAUUUAUAAAUGUACUGGUGUUACGUUAGAGAAGAUCUUGUGACUCAAGAUGGUUGGUUUGCAAAAGGUUUAUUGCAUUUCAUUGCAUUUCUUUUAUUACUCAUGUACCCAAUAUAAUUAUUGCACAGACUCCCCCGCAAAAAAGUGAGGAGGAGGAGGAAGAAACUGAAAAACAUCCUGAUCCUCUUCAUCAGAUCAUUCUUCAUUUCAGCCGGAAUGCUCUAACCGAACGAAGGUAACUGCACUUUAUUCAACGCUAUAUUGACCCACCAUCUUUUCUGCACCCUAAGUCGCCCCCCACUUCCAGAAACAGUUUGAUUUGUUUAAAAACAAAAAUAAGAACACGAUCCAUCAGGGAACUGCUCCAUUUGUUUGGAUGUUCCACAUAGUUAGCCCAUUGCUAUAGUGCUGGAGAUGACAGUGGAGAUUUCUGUUAACUAGAGGGGAAAUGAUGGUCCUUUUUUGAGUAGUGUGUGGGAAGAUAUGUGGGAAGAUAUUAUUGUUAGGUGUGGGUGUUACUGUGCCACUUUUAAAUGGUGUUAAUCUUAAAUAAGAUUAAAGAGUAGAAAGUAAGUCGACGUUAAAACUUUUAAGAAGUAUGCCUGUUUAACAGUGAGAUUACAACCUUCUCAAAAUCCUCUUGUGGGAAGUCAAUUUCAUACCUGAUACGAUCACAGAUAAUCAUCAGCACCAUAGAAAAUUCAUGGUUGAAAUCUCUGGCUGCUUGCAAGCACUUUUAGAGUACAAUAGCGGAUAAAUAAAUUCCACUCUUGUGAGGUACACAGAUGUAUUAUUCAGUUGUGAAUGCACAUGGUAAAUACAUGUUUUAAGAAAGAAUUUGACAAAGUUCCUAACCUUAUAGGGUUGUAAGAUCGUAUCAUGGGAUUGCAAGAAAAUGAAAGUCUCUCUGCUUUGAUGAUUAUUGGAACUGCAGCUCACAUAUGUUAUAACUACUGGCUUUUAAGUCCUCUUCAGAAGCUGUUUUAAUAAUACUUCCACUUUCUUACAGCAAAUUGGAAAAUGACCCUUUGUACACUGCAUAUUCAGCAAUGAUGGCAAUGGUGAGUAUCUAAUUCCAUUGUUAAUUCUGCCCUGAUGACAAAGGUGAUUAUGUACCUUAAAGCAAAUACUCUAGUUCUUCAGCUGUUUUUUUCAUAGAUCUCUGUAAUCUGUUUGUAUCCUAUUGACAGUUCAGCUGCCUGGUUUUAGUAUUACACAAAAUUUAUACCUAAUGUGAAACUAUGCCCUUGAAGCAGCUGCUUCUAAUUCUAUAUAAGCUGUUUAAGGGGUACAUUUAAGUUUUUGUUUAAUUCCUAACUAUUGAAACAGCAAAUUACAUUUUCUAUUUUAGCAUUCUUGCUGUUUUCAACAGGUGAAGUUACAUAAGUUCUGUUGAUAGUUAAGAACUGAUCCUGUCCUAAAAAAAAACAGGUGCCAGAACUCACCAUGAACACCUCCCUUGUUCUCUUAGAAUGUCAAUGGCACCCACCUGAGAGGUGCCAAAACUGAGUUCCCAAUGAAAAAAAGCCCUGCUCUUGUCCAUCAUCAGCACAGUACUCAUAUGUGAAGGGAUUCCCAUAAGGCUUAAUAAAGCCCCAUUUCCCCCUCAUACCCCCAUGACACAUGUACAUAUUCCAUCUUGGAAGCAGAGCGAAACAUUCCCUUAGAAGGGACUCAUUUCUUGGAGGACAAACAGCUAUCCUCUUAUGCCAAGGAUACUUCUCUGAGGGCUGGACGGAUCCUGGUAGUGAGUGAUUUGAUUGUUAAGACCAUAAAUAGUUGAAAAUGUUCUUGUUGUUGCCCGUUGCCUAGGUAGCCUAUUAGAUAGUGCUUGGGGAGAAGUCAGUGGCUGUGGUGGAUGGUUGGUACCAGUUACAUAGGGAAGUGUAGUUAUGAGGUCCUGGAAGCAAAAUUUAGUUGAUGCUGAAAGCCAGGACGUCCAAGGUAACUCUGAAAUCUUACCAGUUCAACAUAUGGGGUCAGCUAGACAGGUGCAGCAUUUUAGUCGCAAAGCAUGGUUGAGAUGAUGGGCUUGGGAGGAGGGGUUUGGAAUUUUUCAGGCACUGGGGAACCUUCUGGACAAGCCAAAUUUGUAAAAAGAAAAAAAGGGGGGGAGGACGACCUCCACUUAAACCGGGAUGGAAACAGACUAUUGGUGUUUAAAAUUGAAAGAUGCCAAAGCAGCUUUUAAACUGAUUGAGAUUGGAAAGUCAACAGUGGCCGAGGAGGAUCUGAUUUGGAACAAAUCUUCUGGGAUGUAGGAGAUAAAAUUAAAGAAUAUUUAAACAGGGGAGGUGUAGAAUUGGGCAUUAGGAGUGCAGGGGCACAGGAUAGCAGUCAGAAAGGCCAAAGCACCACAGGUCAAAAUGCAAGUGCCGGAGACACUUGAAGAGAGAGGCUGUAUACAAGUGUGCAUAUGCUUAUGCUACAAGCCUCCAAGCCAAGAUGGGUGAACUAGAGUGCUCAAUCAUGGAGGAUGGCAUUGAUAUAGUGGGCAUAAUAGAAACCAGGUGGAACUGAGAGAACCAGUGGGUUCUCUGCAUAUGAGCUCUGCAGGAAGGACAGGAAAGGACAAUACUGGAGGUAGUGUUGCUUUGUCUGUCAAAUACAGCAUUUAGUCCAGCAAGCUAGAAAUCCCCAAAGGGACAGACUUCUCACAGAAUUGUUGUAGAUGAUGAUAUCGGGUCCCAAGAGUAAUUUAGUACCAGGGUAGGCCUCAUUUGCAAUACCGACAUUUGGAGAACUGUAUACAGUUCUCAUUGCUUCACCUCAGAAAGAUAUCGUAGAACUGGAAGAGGUUCAGAAAAGGGCAACCAAAAUGAUCAAGGGCGACUCCCUUGUGAAGAAAGAUUGCAGCCUUUGGGACUUACACAAUAGAAGUUAAUAAAAGCAUUCGGGACACGGAGAAAGUGUGAAGAGAAACAUUUUAAUCCAUGUCUUGUAACACGGGGACUCACGGGGGGGUGGAGUAAUGAAGCUCAUUUUGGGAUAUUCAGGACAGAUAAAAGAAAGUACUUUCAUAUAUGAAACUCACUCAUCCGGGAAGCAGUGUUGGUCACCAACUUGGAUGCCUUUAAAGGAUUAGACAAAUUCAUCGAGGAUAAAGCUGUUAAAGGCUACUGGUCAUGAUGGCUAUGUUCCAUCUCUACUGACAGAAAUUAGCCUUGCAGAUGAUAGAGUGCUGUUGCAUUCAGGUCCUGCCUUUGUGCUUUCCACAGGUUCCUGGUUAGUCACUGGGAGAACAGGCUGCCAAACUAUAUGGGCCAGUGGCCUGAUCCAGUAGGCUAUUAUGUUAUACUCACCCAGACCUUGUUCCUUUGCUUGGCCAAUGAAUGAAUGCUUGAAGCUUGUGAGGAGGAGGAGGAGGGAAGAGGGACUUCGUUGUGUUUUAUGGGAAUGAUAUUUAUUGGCAGACCAACUUAAAAACUGUUAAUCAGAUUGAAAGACAUUGUCAGGUUUAGAAUACUGAUUUAGGGCUUGAAAAUAACCUCUGGUUUGGAAAGCUGCUAAAGACAGAGAAUGACCAUUCAGAGGAAAUACUGAUAUAUAUCAGGCUUGAUAGCAUUAUGAUAGGAGACACAAUUGAGCAUUCCCAGGUAGAAUAAAUUCUGUGUAUGGCUGUUGCCAUGGGGAUCAGAGAACACUGAGAGAGAAACCAGCUGAAACAGAACCCUAAAUGAGCGUUGGUUGGAAGAUAGCUGGCUUUUGUACACGGUUGGGACACUUACGCUGAGCUGCUAGGGAUCUUAGCCUAAUGUGGCAUGAAAAGAAAAUAUAAUUACUGGAAGACAGUUCAUAAAUUGAAAAGUGGAGUACCUGAGGCCAGUUGAUAAUAUGGAGUUGACUAGCACAGGGUGGUGAAGAAGCCUUUUAGGACCAUCACCUCUGGAAUAUUUGUUUGGUUUGGCUGGAAAGAUUGGGGAUAAAUCACUGUGUAUAACUGCAAGUACAACAUGUGAGAAAAUGGGAAAGGGAUGGGGAAGAGCAGGUGUAAAAGUUUUAGCCCUUUCUGAUACUUCCACUCUGUUUUUCGCUGUCCACACCACGAAAAGCAUCUCUGUCCGCCAUACACUUUUCUUGUCUGGGUACUUUACAAUCAUUGGCCAGGAUGUGGGUGGGUGAGCUGGGGAAAAUCUAUAUAAUUUCUGACUAGGUUUGAAGAUUUAGAAUGAGCAUGAUGUUUUAUUCCUCUUGUGGGUGCUGGGUAGGAGGAAAUAGUUCCCAUAUGUGCCUGCCUUCUAAGAAAUUCAACAAUUUAUUUCUUCUUAAUGCAUGUCUAUAACUGUAUUCAUUGUCUGAGUCCUCUGUAUGUGAAAGUCAUAAACAAUUUUUGGAGAAAGGUUUAAGACUCUGCUUGGAUAUAUUAAACCACUCUUUGACUUUAUCUGCUCAUUCAAAACACUAUAACCAAAUAAAUGUAAAAUAGCACAGUUUAAUUCAAUCUGAACCUAUUUCCUUCUAAUGAGAAAAGAGCUGUCAGAGUGGAGAAAGUGAUGAUGAUGAAGAAGAAAAAGAGAAGACAUUUGAGGUGAGUUAACUUUUCUUAAAGUAUAAACCUUUUGCCUAAUGAGCUAGAGUAAUGUGUUAUUCAAACUUACCAGAAGUUAGAAAGCUUACUUAAACUCUCCCUGAGAACUGCAUACAUAUUUAUGAAUGUCAUUAUGAUUAUGAUAAUAUUUUCAGUUACUGCAAACAAUGUUUGAGAUUGAUCCUGCCCCAUUUUUUAUGAUUUUUCCUCUUACCUUCUCUCCUACACUUGGUUUUUUCCUACCUUUUGUUCCGUACACCUGGAAAAGCUUCUUAUAUUUCUUUUUAAAUUCAAAUUGUUCCUUCCAUAGCUUUUAUUUCAUGCACAUUAUUACUCCAGUUGCAAGCGAAGUCUCAUUAUACAAAAGUGUUAUGGAAAACUAUUAUAAAAAUAAAUACCAGAUGUUGCUGCACUAGGGUUAUUAUUUGUCUGAUGAUCCAAUUCACAGCUGAUCUAGUCCUAUUGAUUACGGUUUAAUGGGGUUGUGGGUGAAUCUGUAAAACAGUCAGUUUAAUAUAUUUUUUUACUCCUACUCACCUUUUGGCUACUAAUGGCAGAUACCAUUAUAUGUCAAGGAAACACAAAUACUUCUGUCUGUAUCUUCUCUCUCAGGAAAAAGAAAUGGAAAAGCAAAAAACUCUUUAUCAGCAAUCUCGACUCCAUGAACGAGGAGCAGCAGAGAUGGUAUUACAGAUGAUUAGUGCCAGUAAAGGUAGCAUUCCGUAAAAUGUUAUAUAUUCAUUUGUUUCUUUGGAAAUAUGUUCCAUUCUAUCUGAAGGCCACAGAGGAGAUGAUAGUUGCACAUUAAACAUACUAAUGUUAAAAAAGACAAAACAUGUACAAUAAUAAAUGACCACGCCAUCCAUGUGGGACCUGCAAGAAUAUGUUGUACUGUAGAGCGCUCGUGUUUCUAUCUGGCUGGCUUUUACUUUAUUUCAGAAUGCUGUGUUCUAUUCCUCACCCAUUGAUUUUCCUUCCCUGCUCUCCAACAGUCAGUCAGCUUUCUGUGGCAGCUAGACAUGCUCAGUCCUCAUUGGGCUCUUGGCUUCCUCCUGAGGAUUCUUCGGAAUAACAAAUUGGACUCCUGCACCUUGACACAUCCCCCUAGUGGAUGGAUGGUGCCUCUUUGACUAAAUAAAGACCAGUGCUUAGAUUCAUUGCUAUGAAUAUAUAUGAUCUUUGGCGAUUGUUAUAGUGACAUUCGCUUCAGCUUUACUUUAACUCAAAUCAAAGGACGUGUGUGUGCACUGAGGUACAACAGAUCCACAUAUAGCAAUGCUUUUAAACAUUCAAAACUUUGAAAAGCACCUCAGGAUGCGGAGUAAUGUGCUGCUGCUUAGAAAUGUUUUUGGAUAGUAAUUACUUAAUUAUAAAAUUAUUCUGUUCUUGAUUGACAGGUGAAAUGGGACACAUGGUAGUUGAAACUUUGAAACUUGGUAUUGCUGUUCUAAAUGGAGGAAACUCUGUUGUUCAACAGGUGGGCCAUAUUUGGAUGUGAUAGAUCUGUAUGCAUGUUACUUUGAUUUUGCUAAUGUUUUACUGUUAAAAGCAUUGAGAAGUUGAAUUACCACUGAGGGGAAUUCAGUUAUGUUUGGAGAAUGAAUUUUUUUUAACAGAAAAUUCUCUUUCUUUUUGCUUAUGUUAAGUAAAUUGGCAAAUUCUUUACGCAAAUAAGGAAAAACCAAAUCUCUUCUUCUUUUGUUCAACCUUUCUUUUACAGAAAAUGUUGGACUAUUUGAAGGAGAAAAAAGAUGCUGGAUUUUUUCAGAGUCUUUCUGGCUUAAUGCAAUCUUGCAGGUAAAGUCAUGAAAUAUAACAAUCUACUUCUAACUAUAUCAGCAUGCCUAUUUGUUUAUACAAGCUGGAAAUUUCCCUCUCUCCAUGUAAUCUCUUCCAAGUGAUAUGAAAAUGUCUGUGUGAUGUGGGAUUUAAAUGCUAGUAUGAGAGAUAGCUAUUGGCCAGCAACAAUUCCUGCAAUUGUGAUAUCUCCUCAUUGUGAUGACUAGAAUCAAUUAUGGCUAUAUUCAUGAAUUUACUGCUUCAGACAUGAUUUUUCCACAUGAACUUAUAUUUGUGGGUAGUAUUGUGUAUAGAAAAAUAUUAGAGACGAACUAGAAACUGACAGCUGUUCAUUGCCAUGAGAAACCAUGAUUUAUUGCAAUGGAAAUGAAACAUAGAGCUAACUUUUUUCAUUAAACCAUAGUUUAGGUUAACCACAGUUUAGGGUUUAGAAAUAAUGCUAAACUGUGACUAAUCAAAAAUGGAAGUGGAAGCUUUUGAUCUUGCAGCUAUGUCAAAGGAGGAAGAGAGAAUGGGGAGGUUGAGGCUAAGUACGGAUUGUUUUCUUUACCAAAAAAAAAAGACAUUUCUCAUGACAUCCAAAGACAGCUAAGGUGUUGUUUAUGUAUUAGAACUCAAGGAUAUUCUUGACAUAGUUUAGACAGCAAAUUGCCCCAUCCCAAAUAUUCAUAAUGUUAGUUGAAUAUAUCUCUUAAUUUGCUUUAAUAUCACUUGCAAGUAAAUAGACUAGAAAUUGUUUCAUACUUUCAACACAUACAUUUCAAAAUGGAAUUAGUAAUAUUUGCUCAAUGCAUCAAUAUGUAUCUCAUACUGUGUAUCUGUGUGGACAACAGUAUACACAGUGGACAUAAUCAUUGGCCACAUGGAUGAUCUUGUGGCUCUACUGUAACUGUAGAUGAGGCAUAAUGCAAAAAGGCUGGGCUGGGUGAUGGAGCAGCAAAAAAACCAAAUGUGAUUAGGCUGCGUCAACCAAGUAUAGUGUCCCGAUCAAGGGAAGUAAUAGUACUGCUCUACUCUGCAUUGGUUGGUCCUGUGUUUAAGAAGUUUAAGAAGCAUAUUGACAACUUGGAAUGUGUGCAGAGGAGGGCCACCAGGAUGAUCAAAGGUCUGAGAACCAAGUCUUAUGAAGAAUGGUUGAGGGAGUUGGGUAUGUUUAGCCUGGAGAAGAUAAGACUGAGAGGUGAUGUGUAUGAUUGUUGUUGUUUAGUCGUUUAGUCGUGUCCGGCUCUUCAUGACCCCAUGGGAUGUGUAUGAUAGCCAUCUACAAAUAACUGAAGGGCUCUCACAUGGAAGAUGGAGCAAGCUUGUUUUCUGCUGCUCCAGAGGCUAGGUCCCAUACCAAUGGAUUCAAAUUACAAGAAAGGAGAUUCUGACUAAGCAAGAAGAAAGUUAUGUCCAGUGUAUGCUACAAAUUGUCCUAGAUGCUGUUGUACCAUAACACCCCUGCUUUACCUACCUACCACUCCUAGGUAAUAUAUUGAUACUUAUCGUGAUCAAGGAAUGUGUGCAUGAACUUGCGUUUUUCUCAGAAACUGCAUCCAUUAGGUUAUAAGUGUUACUUAAAAAGCAGUGAGAAGAUUUGGUACAUGCACUUUUUGCCCCUCUGACUUCUCAUACCAAAUCCCCAGAGAGCUUUCUCAUCUGAGGCGAAUUUAAAGAGCAGCUUAGUCUUUAUUCUUAUGGGUAUAAUAUAAAACAUUUCCUACCAGAGGUGAGACACUUCUCCUGUCUUUGCUGGAGUCCUUGACUAUCUGCUAUUACAUUCCCCUUCUCCAGUGUAAGGCUUUUUCCUUUGGAGCCAGGAGGGCUUGCUAGCCAUUGCACCUUUGAGUAUUACUCUCAAACACUUGGAAACCCUCAAGGGAGUUUAUCAAGUGUUUGAUUCUGACACUUGAGACACGCAGUUGAAAAUUUAGUUGACAACAGAGACAUGGUAAUAACAGAAAGAGUUGGGGGGUAUAUGUUUCUUGUCUUCAUGGUAGAGAUGUUAUAUCAAAUCUGGGUGUUGUAGGUUGUGGUGUAGGUUGUUACUGAAAUAAAUAUUUUCUUAUUCCCCCCCCCCCCUCAAAAUUGUGUUCACUAACAUUUACCCAGUGUGGCCUAAUUCCAAAUAAAUGGGCCUUAGACUGCACUUCUGAACAACCUUAUCUAGGAAUAAGGCCUGUUGAACUCAGUGAUUCUAACCUAUGAGAAGAAUGCAAAGAAUUGCUCUGUUAGCACAGUAAUUGUACACUAUCCUAAUCCCCUCAUCUUUGCAUGGGGGCUAAAAUAUGGCAGAUGCUUCGACAGCCUUGCUUGUGGGUAGCUCUGCAGUUACAAAGGUUCCUGCUGUACCCAGUUGGGGAGGAAGCUACCGCUGGCAAUAGGGUCAGGAUGUCAGAAGUUUUAGAUCCAGUGGAUCCAAAGUCCCAGGGAGCCCCUCAGCUACCCCAGCCUGGAGCUGGCACAGUAUUUUCUUUAAACAACAACACCCAGCCUCCUCCUGCCUUGGCCAGCAUAAGCAGUCACAACCAGAUCCAGCAGGUCUGCCCUGCUGCUCCAUAGCCAGAGAUUCAGAUUCUUCUGUUUAUUUGAUAUUUAAAAGUGUGUGGGUUUCCUAAGAAUAUUAUGUCUUCACCAAAUGGUGGUAAUUAUAAUGGAAAAGAAGCCAACUUCAAUGUGAUUCGAAAGAGUGAAGAGGAAACAUUAUUCUUAAGGUAUAUUCUGUUCAUUUUCAUCUCAACAUAUCCAUGCAGUCGCUUGCCCCGAUAUCCAUAGAUGGAAUAUUUUCAAGCAGGCAUGUGUUAUGGAGGGAACUUGGACCCCUUACAGAUCAGUAAGGUCAUCCACCAUCUUCGGUAGUGCUAAAAUUUCAACCGUCACCUUCCCCCUUUGAAAACCUUUAUAACUCAUUUUUACUGUUUGUAUGUUUUGCUUGUUGUAUGCCAGCAGUUCAGGGUUUCUGUUGCUAAUAGAUACAGCAAUCCUUUCUGAAUUGUCUUUUUCUUAAAAAGUGUUCUUGACUUGAAUGCCUUUGAGAGACAAAAUAAAGCAGAAGGCCUUGGAAUGGUUACUGAAGAAGGAACACGUAAGUAUACUCAUACUUCUAAUUCACAUAAGGAUUACACUUCAUUUCCCCCCUUUUAAUACCAAAUUGGUUGGGUCUUUUGAAAGUUUUUUCUGUUGAUAGCCUUGUUAAAAUAAUGUAGCAUUAUACUAUUAUGUCUUUUUUAUAAUUUUUCUAGAGAAACAGUUAAACGAAAGAUAUUGUGUAACUUAUAACUUGCUUAUCCUAUAUUAUUAUUAUUUUUCUUUGAUCCACAGUCAUCGUACGUGAGCGUGGUAUGUUUGGGUUUACAGCUUUUGAUGCUAUUGUGUGUUGCAAACAGAGAAAGAAAUCUUCUUUAAUUGCAUCUUUCCAGACACCCUUUAGGUUUAGUUUCAUGGUCUGCAGCCGGUUGCGUGUUGAGCUUGGAGAAUCAAGUUGAUGCUUAAUUAAAGAAGUGUCUUUCAUAUUUAAGGCAUGGUUUGAUAAUGACUAACCAUUUCCUAUUAGAUCUUUAGUCCUGUAGUUUUGAUCAUGAAUGCUUUGGAGUGCUAAAUAUUUGGCUUUGCUUUUUUCUGUUUCAUAGUUUAUUUUUUAUCAUUCUCUCCAGUACAUUUCUUUUUUAAAAUUACUGUAAAUCAGCUUACAGUAUUUGCUUUUUAUUGAAAUCACUUAGUUUGAAGGAUGCUGUUGGAAGACUUAUCUGUUCUGCAUGUUUCGGAAAUGACUGAUGAUUGCAUAAUUCAUUGUACUGUAUAUUUUCAAGGUGAGAAAGUACUACAGAAUGAUGAGUUUACUAAAGAUCUGUUUAGAUUUUUACAACUGCUGUGUGAAGGUCAUAACAAUGGUAAGUGUUCUGAGAAAUUUAUUGUUUCAUUGAAAUCCUUCAUUGAAAGGACUAACAAUACAAUUCAUUUUUCAUUUAAACUGAUUUUCGGUCCUUUAGCAUAGGGAAUUAAUUAAUCAGUUUCUCAGAUAAAAUGGUACCUCAGAAUUCUCAAAAAAAAAUUUUAACAUAUAGUACUUGUUUCUAACUGGAAAUCAAAUUGCCAUUUUAUAAAUUAUGCAUAUUUUAAGUGGCAAAACAAUAUGUGUAGGAGGAAAUGCAAAUGCUAUUUCUGAUAGCUCUUGCUUAAGAAAGAAUACUGCCUUACUAUUAAGAAUGUUUCUGUGGUUGUAUCCAUCAGCUACAGUUACUGAGCAAUUCAGAUUUUUCAUUUUCUAUAUUGGGGCAAUGUGGACUCCAGCUCCCACAAUCCCCAACCAUUAGCCAUUCUGGUUGAUGUUGAAAGGAGUUGGAUGCAAGCACAUCUAGAAGGAACCACGUUGCCCACCGCUGUUCGAUAGGAACACAAAUAUAGAACUACUGUAAUAAUAUUUUCAUAGCUUGCAUUUACUCACCACCUUUUAUUUUAAUUUUCAGAUUUUCAGAACUACCUGCGCACUCAGAUGGGCAAUACCACCACAGUUAAUAUUAUUAUUAGCACAGUUGAUUAUCUUUUGCGUCUUCAGGUAAGUUGGAGAGUUAUUUUAAUUCAAUUUCACCUCCUACUUUAGAAAGUCUCCAUAUUGAGAUAGACUUUGGGGUUUCACUACUGUUGCUGUUUCUGUUCUCCUGUUUUCCUAAAGAGCUCCCAUGACACUGGGCCAAUUAGCACGGAACCAUCCAACACAAAUAUAAUUAUUACUGUAUUCAAAACAGAAAUUCAAAAGAGGGUUACAUUGAGUUUACAUGCAAACUCUCUUAGGGAUUAUUGUAGAGCGCAAGGUUUUCCUAGGGGCUUGAGAAUCAACAAGAUUCUAAUGAUGCUUAUCAAUGUGGAUGCUAAGGUGAAAUUGAUAUCUAUAUUGAAGAAGUAAUGACAUUUUGUCUACUUUAUUGUAAACUUCUUUUUAUCAUCAAUAUAUUGUUGUUACAGCCAUGCACCUUCAGCAGCUCUUUGUGGUUAUCAUAUAGUAUUGUGCCCUUGUAUGUGAUUUAGUUGGAGUGAGAUCCCGUUUCUCUGUCCCAGCUUCUGCCAACCUAGCAGUUCGAAAGCACAUUAGUGCAAGUAGAUAAAUAGGUACUGCUGUGGCGGGAAGGUAAACUGUGUUUCCGUGCGCUCUGGCUUCCUGUGUUCCGUUGUGCCAGAAGCGGAUUAGUCAUGCUGGUCACAUGACCCGGAAAGCUGUCUGUGGACAAACGCUGGCUCCCUUGGCCUGAAAAACGAGAUGAGCAUUGCACUCCAUAGUCACCUUUGACUGGACUUAACCAUCCAGGGGUCCUUUACCUUUUUCUUUAGUUGGAGUCCAGCAACUGUCAUUAGUCCCAUUCCACACUUCCCUGCCCAGUCUAGAGGCAUAGUGACUGAGAAAAGUGAAUUUAAAGGUUUUUUAUUCCUCAAUGGUGUUUGCAGUGGGUGUGAGGGAGAAAUAAGGCCACAACUUUACUAACCAAGCUUCCAUCUGAUAUGGAACUGAUUAGAACUGUUGAAUAGAUUCUCAGCGGUUACUGUCAUCUUUGAGCAACUCUCAGAAGAGAAAGAAAAGCUAACCCUAUGGCAAUGUUGAUUACCUCUGAAGUGGGCAGUUUCCUGCAAAUUCAAACCUACACAUAUCUACUCAGAAGAAAGACACAUUGAAUUCAGCGGGCAUUGUUGCAAGGGAAGUUGGUAUAUGAUUCUAGUCUGAGAUUAGCUAUACAAACUUUUUCGAAAGUUGAUAAGAAACUAUGGACUUGCAUGUUAGGGUGGUUUGAAUGUCUCAUAGACAGGGUGCCCUUGUGCUUGAAGGUUUCGCAGAAGCAUAUGGUUGGCCACUGUGGAAACAGAAUGCUGGACUAGAUGAGCCAUUGGCUUGUUAUGAUUUUAUGUUCUGAUAUCAAAUGCAAAGGUAGCUCUGUUGAUUCAUAGGUAUUAUAGAUACUAUGUAACAUAUUAGUCCAACAAGGAGGAUAUUGAAGUAGGGGAUUAAGUUAAUCUCUCGCAACUAAAGAUAAACUAUGACCCAUUUCUUUAUCCCUUGUUUGUUUGUUUUUUAAAUAAUAUUUAUUAAUAAUUUCAGAAUUACAGGGGAAAAAAUAAAAAACAAAAAACAACACUACAAUACAUAAAAAGAAGAAAAAACGCAAAACAUAGAAACCAAUACAACAAUACAAUAAAAUGAAAAAAAGAAAAAAAGAAAAAAAGACACAAAUCCCAUAUUGCAUAUCUUUAACUUCCAUUUGCUUGUUUUGUUGACCUCCUCACACCUCCCUUUUUGUAUUCUAGUUUAGUUAGUUAUUUCAGCAAAUUCUUUCCAUCUUUCUCAAUUUUUAUUAAAUAAUUUAUCUUAACAAUUUAACCUAUUAAUUAACUCGACAGAUCCUUUCCAUCUUUCCCCAUAUUCUGUUAUUCAAAUUACCUUAAUUUAUUUAACUUUAUCUUACCAUAAAAUACCUUAAAGCUUGAAACUUAAUACUCAGUUAUACAUAACCCCUGAUAUCAUUUCUUCUAGAGUCAUAUAAUUUCAUUCCAACAUUUUCCCUAAUAUUCAUUAAUUUUAGGCUAAUUCCCUAAAUAAAAAGUUUUCUUUAUAAAUUUUCUUCCAAUCUUCAUCCAAUGUCUCUUCUUCCUGUUUCGGGAAGCUUUUAAUGUUUGAUGUAUUAUAGUAUUUUAAUAUUCUUUUGGAAGCCGCCCAGAGUGGCCGGGGAAGCCCAGCCAGAUGGGCGGGGUAUAAAUAAUAAAUAAAUAAUAAUAAAUUAUUAUUAUUAUUAUUAUUCCUGGUCUCGGGUCGUGUCAGUCCUUACUGUCCAUUCCAUCUAGUCCAUCAACCUGGAAGCCUUAUGUCCGAGGCCCUUAAGUCUCUUCCAUGUCCCUUCUGCAGAUCUUCUUCUUGUUUAUACUUGCACUUUUCCUUGUCUUUUGUUGGUCUCUUUCUUAAUUUCUUUCCUUUCUCGUUGAGGAAUAGGUCUCUGGGGGGUUCCAACCCAAAGUUAUCUCCGUCUCCCUUCAUCAAAUCAGCCCAUUCCCCACAGUCCCACUCCCCACAGUCAUCAAUAUAAUCCAAAAAAUAAUUACGAGCAUAUUUCAAAGUCUCUCCAAAGUUAAAAGCCUCCUCAGCUCCAGACCCCCCCCCGGCCCACUCCAACUUCAAUCUUCAAAAACAGCAGCUUAUGCUCCUGUAGGGCCUUGGGCCUCUCCAUUUGUAUUAUUUGAGGUGCAACCGCAGCCUCCUCCAUUAUCUUCUGCACUUGCCCAAUCAAUACAGGUUCCUGAGUUGGACCCUGGAUGGUUUCUGUAUCACUAUUCACUAAUUGUCCACAGUUAUUGACCACAACAGUCAUCAAAUCCAUUUUCUCAUUCAUCAAAUCCAUCUUCUCAUGCAUCUGUUCCAACAAAGCACUUGUCUUGCAUAAAGCAAGCACCAAAUCUUCCUUCCAGCUCAUACUUAGUCAAGGUCAAAAGGACUAAUCCCACGAUCUUAAUCUCACAGCUGUGGAGUCCUCAAGUAGACUGCAGCAACAAUUUAGCAAGCUCCCUCUAGAGGAGACAAUUUCUAUUUGUAUCCAUCUUUUUAAGGCAAGUCCAACAGAGGAAAAUUACUUUCGUUUUUUCAGAUAUUUUGUUUCUUUAGAAUGCAAAAGGCAACAUUGGAAUCAGUUUAUUUCUCUUCUUUAGCUAUCUGUCAAAGUAUUCCAUUCACAGUCAAUGAACCUCUCCAACAAUUUCUGUCUCUGACACCCCGUUCCCUGGUUAGAGACGGUGAAAACUUAUCUUUCUUCACUCCCUCUCCUGCAGGCGUUACACAAAGUCCCCCCCCCUUUUCUCCUGCUUCCAAGGGGGUUUCAGUAGUUGUAAAUGAAGGAAGUUUAGGCUUUUUUAACGACUUCCCAGGCUUUAGCUUACAAGGUUUUUGCUUCAGUCUAUAUACAAAAAGCGGAAGGCGGACUUCCUGUUUUGAACCUUCCUGCUUCGAUGUCAAAUUAAGAUAUUUCUUGAUCCAAUUUUCCGUUUCUACUCACGGGUACUUGUUUUAGAUCCAAUUGUCCACAGGAAAAAGUCAGCGCUCUCUGGCGAUGGCUGUGCGGCUUCACUCCGUGAAAGUAGCAGUCAGUUCACAGCACCGCGCCGCUCACCCCACUUCACUCCGGAAUCCCAAAAAGGGAUUCCCCGUGAGUAGGGGGGGCACUCCUGGUGCCCUGCCGAACCCCACGUUCCCAGGCUUCCUCCGCCUGGGAUUUCUAGCGGGUCCCCACCUUCGCCGCGGCGGGAAGACCCAGUUUCCACAGAGCCAGUUCCUCCGGUUGGAGGAACUCCGCCAUUCGCCGAUGGCGCUAACCCGGAAGUCCCCAUUUCUUUAUCCCUUGUUGAAGGGGUUGGAUCAUUGCUUGGUUGAGCCACUGCUGAAAAGAGCAGAUACCCUUCAGUCAUGCCCUGAAACCACCCUGUUCUCCCAAGUGUUCGAUGACUAAAAAUAUCAAUAUGCUUAUUUAUUUGCUGUCUAUACUGUUGCUGUUCUCCAUAUGUUUAUUAUUUGUUUGUGCUUGGUUAUAAAAUCUGAGCAUUUACCCUUUGGCUAAUGGCAUUUUCCAUAGAUAUCUAUUUUUAUAUUUGAUGCAGUUUGAUUAGGCCCUCACAAAACGUAGGGGGAAAACCCACCUAUUGUUUAUUCUUAGGAAUCAAUCAGUGACUUCUACUGGUACUACUCUGGAAAAGAUGUCAUUGAUGAAUCUGGACAACGUAAUUUCUCUAAAGCAUUGGCUGUGACCAAACAGAUUUUUAAUUCACUUACUGAAUAUAUCCAAGUAAGUACCACGUCGUUUCUCUAUGCUUCAUGUUGUGUACAUGGAUCUGUACGUGAAAGAACUGCAUGGAUUAUAAAAGCAACAGGUCUGCCCAGACUGUGCUCAGUAGAAUUUCAUGGUCACCAGCUGCAGAAGAGGCUCUCUAUAUACAAUAGGGGGGAUAUCUGCAGACAAAUGAUUCACAGUGCUUGAUUCUAACUGUGUCUCUUCCACAAUACCUAUGAUGAAAAGGAAACAUAGACAUUAUAUGUCUUCAGUCACCUGCUGGGUCCCCUUGCAGGAAUACUGCUCCUUCUGACCAGUAGCUUAGAUCAGAAGUGUAGCAAGAAUCCAUUCUUGUGGCCCAGUUGUUAGCACUGAUUUUGUAGUGCAAACGGUUACCCCUAGAGUGAUCAGCCCACACCUUCUUAUACAUAGGGCUCACAUUCAGAAAGGUUUGCAGAUAGUUUUCCUGCUGCUUCACACUCCGCCAACAUAUUUCCUCUCUGCAUGACUUCUGUUGUGUCUCCUGAUCUGCUGAUGGUGCUCUUUAUAUUAACAGCCUCCCACACUUCCACCCCCUUUCAUUUUGUCCCACAUCCAUUCUGCUUCUUCAUCUGCCUCAAACAGAUAAAAAAUUGCUCAAAUAGAAAUGUAAUAUAUCUUUAGUUUUCAAAUCCAUUAAAUUGUGUACAAAAUAAUUUUUGUGACUGUGCAUAUCUUUUAUCAACUUUUUGUUUAUCAGAAUAGCUGCUUGAAAUAGAAAUUUAAAGCAUUUCCUCUUAAUUUUAGGGUCCUUGCAUUGGAAACCAGCAGAGCUUGGCUCACAGUAGACUGUGGGAUGCAGUUGUUGGCUUCCUUCACGUUUUUGCUAACAUGCAAAUGAAACUUUCACAGGUAAAUUGUGUUUGUUUAUUUAUUUAUUUCACAAGAUUUUUAUAUACCUCUUAAACCUAUUGGCCACUUUUGAGCACAGAGCCAGACUCACAUAAGGCUUCCAUUUGUGAAUAUUGUCUUUAGAUUUAUUUAUUUUAUUGUUUAUUCUAUUUGUACUCUAGGAUUCGAGUCAGAUUGAGUUGCUGAAGGAGCUACUAGAUCUUCUGAAGGAUAUGGUGGUGAUGCUCUUGUCACUACUUGAAGGUUGAAUCUUUUUUAAAAAGUUAUUGCUAUGCAAUUCAAACAUCACCAUCAUUUUUAAUACGUAGAGUUUAUCCUUAAUUUAUAUUCAGACCAUCACAAUAAUUCUACUUGGUAAUUUGGAUGAAUGAAUGAAAUUUUAUUGUCUAAAGCCAUAGCCACCACCACAAAUAAUUCUAAAUAAGAAAUGGGCAUAAAUUUAGUUGUGCAAUAAUACUGAACAGUAGUUCUCAACCAAGGGUACAUUUUAAACAAGCUUAUAAUAAGCAUGAAAACACUUUCUCCACAUUUCUAAGGAUGUAUAAGAAAUAUAUUUUCAAUGUAUGUUUAUAUAAAAACUAAGUAACGAUUUUUAAACUCACAAUGUAGGUAAUGUUGUAAAUGGCACUAUCGGGAAACAGAUGGUGGACACUCUGGUUGAAUCAUCUAGCAAUGUAGAAAUGAUAUUGAAGUUCUUUGACAUGUUUCUCAAGUUGAAGGAUCUAACGAGCUCAGAAGCUUUCAAAGAGUAUGACCCAGAAAGUAAAGGCAUAAUUUCAAAGAAGGAAUUCCAGAAAGCCAUGGAAGGUCAAAAGCAAUAUACGCAAUCAGAGAUUGAGUUCCUGCUGUCCUGUGCAGAAACGGAUGAAAACGACAUGUUUAACUAUGCCGAUUUUGUUGAAAGAUUUCACGAGCCGGCAAAAGAUAUUGGAUUUAAUGUGGCCGUCCUCUUAACAAACCUAUCAGAACACAUGCCAAAUGAUUCGAGGCUUCAGACUCUAUUAGAUCCAGCAGAAUGUGUCCUUAACUAUUUUGAACCUUACCUUGGGCGCAUUGAGAUAAUGGGUGGUGCCAAGAAGAUAGAGCGGGUUUAUUUUGAGAUCAGUGAAUCCAGUAGGACGCAGUGGGAAAAGCCUCAAGUGAAAGAAUCAAAAAGGCAGUUUAUUUUUGAUGUUGUAAAUGAAGGUGGGGAACAAGAGAAGAUGGAGCUUUUUGUGAACUUCUGCGAGGACACGAUUUUUGAAAUGCAGUUGGCAUCUCAGAUAUCUGAAUCGGAUACAGUUGACAGACCUGAGGAGGAGGAAGAUGAGCCUUGCUAUGUGAGGGAAAUUGGAGAAGAUGAGAAAGGAGAACAGUCCCUUGAAUCAGCUUCAGCUUUUGCUAUGGCAUGCGUUGCAAUAAAGAAAAAUGCUGCCACUGUUUUUAAAAUGAUAAGACUGAAAAACUUAAGAAAACAGUACAGAAAAGUGAGAAAGAUGACUGUAAAAGAAUUGGUUAAAGUAUCUUUUUCCUUUCUCUGGAUGCUAUUUGUAGGAUUCUUCCAAAUGUUUCUCACUAUACUGUGCAGUAUAUUUCAGAUUCUUUGGAGUACUGUGUUUGGGGGUGGCCUAAUAGAAGGAGCCAAAAACAUUAGAGUUACUAAAAUUUUAGGAGACAUGCCUGACCCAACACAGUUUGGAAUUCACGAUGAUGUCCUUGAAGCAGAAAAAGUUGAAGUUACAGAACAUGGCAUAACAGCUGAAAUUGUGCAGUUUGUUAAAAAUGAGAAGGGAGAAACUGAUAUCUUGUCAGAUAUUUUUGGCAUUCAUACGAAGAAAGAGAGUGGAUCAAAGCAUGGUCAUGCUGUUGGCCUAGGGGAUAUCGCUGAUAUCAUUGGAUCAGAUACCCCUCCUUCUUUGGAAAGUGCAGUUCGCAAGAAGAAAAAAGCACAGGUAAACAAUAAAUGUGUUAUAUCUUAUUUUAUUCAAUAUGCUUCCUAACUGGUUGAUUAUGGGAAGAGACUUUAUUCUCGGCAGAAAGCUAAACCACAGAGACUCAAAGUUCUUCAAGCCCCUGGUGCUUUCCAGACAGAAGUGUAGGGUCUUCCUGAUGCCCAUAGUGUAUCCUAGAUUACCUGACAAUCUAGCAGUUUGAAAGUGUACCAGUGCAAGUAGAUAAAUAGGUACUGCUGCAAAGGGGGAGGUAAAUGGCGUUUCCGUGCACUCUGGCUUCCAUCCCAGUGUUCUGUUGCGCCAGAAGCUGUUAGUCCUGCUGGCCACAUGACCUGGAAAGCUGCCUGUGGACAAACGCCAGCUCCCUUGGCUUGAAAGCAGAGAUGAGUGCUGCACCCCAUAGUCGCCUUUGACUAGACUUAACCAUCCAGGGGUCCUUUACCUUUUUAUCUUUACCUUAUCCUAGUUUACUAUAAACUUUUUGAGUUCACAGCAUUAUUUUAACCUUUUGAAAUUGGGCAUACUUAAUUCUCUAUCAUAUCCAAAUUCAAAGUACUUUCAACAUUUUUCAGACACCUGAAAUUGCAAAGGAUGAUGAAUCGGAAACAAGAACAGAAUCUGAGAAGGCUGAGUAAGUUAUUUUUAGCUCUUACAUUCUUGGGAAUGACUGUUUUCCCAUUUCCAGUGAAAGGUCAGCAGAGUGGGUUGAUGACUCCACCUAGUGAUCAAAAGGCAGGCAGCAACCUUUUGGGAGGUAAGACUCCCAGCAUGCAGUUCUGCUCCUGCAUUUGGUCAAGAUGCAGCAGUUCCCUUUCCCUGAUCACAUCAUGGCUUAUUCCAUAAGAGCUGCAACAGCCAAUGCUGCAUUUUCAUCUUGUGCUCCUCUACAGGAAAUCUUGGGCAGCGCCCGGUAUCUUCACCUGGAUGCCUGUGCAUCAUGGGAUGUGGCAGUGGGCAGGACCUCCCACCAGACCUUUGUGCAGCUGCACUCCCUCCCUAGAGAGUUUGGCUGCUGUACAUCCUAUUUUGCCGACCUUUCAAUGCAAAUGGGGGAAAGUAUAAUUGUAUCUACCUGAAGUGUAGUUUUCCAUAGUUUGUUUGGCUGUAGGAUUCUUGUUAUUAUUGACACUGGGAGGUAGCAUGGUUCUUACUUAUAUCCAGGGGCGUAGGAAGGGGUGGGGUGGGGCGGACCGCCCUGGGUGCCCUCACUGAGGGGGGUGACAUUCGGUGCACCACCCACCCGCCCAUGACUCUCAAGCCUACCUCUCAAGCCUACCCUGAGCUGUUGGGGUAAGGGGGGAGCUGUGCCGCUUUUCCGGUGGCAUUCCCCCCUUCCCCUUUGUUUUGACAGCUUGGGGGAGGCUUGGGAGUUGCAGGCGGGUGGUGCACCAAAUGUCCGCCAUGGGUGGCUCGCUCUGCCCCCGUGAGCGGCUCGCUCUGGCCCUGGCUGCAGGGGGCGCAUGCUGCUCCGGGCACCCGAGCAGCUAUCCCGCACCUGGGAGGGCACGCCCUCCUCAGGAGUGCGCCCGCCCUGGGCAGCAUGGGCAUAUGCUCCACCACUGCUUCUAUCCUUGCACUCCUGGCUGUCAGGCUUGGUAAGCCUGCAGACUGGAUGCAUGCUCCGAGUUCUGCCUCCCAAAAGGUUCCUGCCUGCCUUUUGACCACUAGGUGAUGCCAUCAACCCAUUUGGCUGACCUUUAAGAAACUGAAAACUACCUUUCAGGUAGGUACAAAUGUACUUUUUAAUGUUCAUGUGUGCCGAGGUGAAUGAGCUUCAGGCAGACCUCAAGCACAAGUUCCACUUUGAAUUGAUGUGUCUAGCAGUUCUUGAACAGUAUGUUAAAGCAGUUUAGUUUUAAAAGCCUCCUCAAAGCCCUAAAGUGAAAACAAAAGGAUUAAACAUCAGGGAGGAAGCAUUAGAAUCCUCUUGACUAUUGUAGUUUUCGGUGCCAUGCUUGCAUGUAAUUAAUGCCAACGUUUAGAAGCAAGGAGGUGAUAAGAUCUGAUCAGUUUAUACCCAAGUUAAAGAAACUGAUAUAUUCUCUCUCUCUCUCUCUCUCUCUCUCUUUUCAUUGUUACUAUUUGUCUUCACAGUUCUAUAAAAAUGAAAUUUCCCCUCUUGCUGCACUCACAGUUUUAUUUUCCCCUUAUAAUCUUAUUCUCCUAUAAUCUCUAGAAUUGCAGAGCCAAUAACAGGGUUUAGCAGUGUACUAAAAGGCUUGGGCUUGCCAGUCAGAAGGUUGGUGGUUCGAAUCCCCAUGACAGGGUGAGCUCCCGUUGCUCGGUCCCUGCUCCUGCCGCCCUAGCAGUUCGAAAGCACAUCAAGUGCAAGUAGAUAAAUAGGUACUGCUCUGGCUGGAAGGUAAACAGCGUUUCCGUGCGCUGCUCUGGUUCGCCAGAAGCGGCUUAGUCAUGCUGGCCACAUGACCCGGAAGCUGUCUGCAGACAAACGCCAGCUCUCUCGGCCAAUAAAGCGAGAUGAGCGCCGCAACCCCAGAGUCGUCUGUGACUGGACCUAACGGUCAGGGGUACCUUUACCUUUACCUAAAAGGCCAAUAUCUGAUUUUAAAAGUCAAUCCUUUAUUAGGCAUAGCAAACAUCACAUUAUUAAACAAGCACCAUAUACAAAUUGUGCAAAAUAUGAGCUCAGCAUAACAAGGUUUGUCCGAGUCAGAUCUUUAACUCCAGAGAAAAUCAAUUUGUAUAGAUAAUACAAUAUAACAUAAUGUGAGGGCGAUCUGGCUGCGACAUCUGUCACUCCAUUGAUCGCCAGGGUUGAUUCAGCUGAUCUGGCUGGCAAGGCGGGUGUCCCCUUCCUCCCUCACCGCUCCAUGUGCAUCUCUCCCAAAGCUGUGCGCUCGGUGGAAGAGGACGACCAUCCCAGAUAGAAGGAGUGUACCGUUCUUCGGUCAAGGGUAUAUGAUACAGUGGUGCCUCGCAAGACGAAAUUAAUUCGUUCCGCGAGUUUUUUCGUCUAGCGAAUUUUUCGUCUUGCGAAGCACGAAAUCCCAUAGGAAUGCAUUGAAAUUCAAUUAAUGUGUUCCGAUGGUCAAAAAAAGUCCAAACAAAGCCAAAUUUGGUACAACAAGAGUUUAUUAAGUGCUCUUUAAAGUCACACCCACCACACAGAAAUUCAAAUCCAUAUUUUUUUAAAAAAAACAGCAGAGUGGCCCAAUGGUCACAGAAAAUCAUAAAAAUGCAGAAAAAAACCACACAAGCUUCCAGAUUCUUGCAAACCCCUCCUCAACUGUUCCCCCAGCCACCCACCACACAGAAAUUCAAAUCCAGAUUUUUUUAAAAAAAAACAGCAGAGUGGCCCAAUGGUCACAGAAAAUCAUAAAAAUGCAGAAAAAAAAACACACAAGCUUCCAGAUUCUUGCAAACCCCUCCCCAGCACCAAGUCCUUGAAUUCCAAACACCCCAACCCAAAAUCCAAACCCCCCCAAAAAAGUUUUAAAAGUUUAAAAUAAGUUUUGGAAAAGCUUCAAAAAUCACCAAAGUCUUCAAAAACCUCAAAAAAGGCUACCACACCGCGUUCUAUGAGUUGCUCCUCGAAGUCAAGUCGCAACUGUAUUAACGGUGUUAAGAAAAGGAAACAAACUUGCAAGACGUUUUCGUUUUUCGGCUUGCAAAGCAAGCCCAUAGGGAAAUUCGUCUUGCGAAGCAGCUCAAAAAACGGAAAACCCUUUCGUCUAGCGAGUUUUUCGUCUUGCGAGGCAUUCGUCUUGCGGGGCACCACUGUAGCUGUGCUCCCCUGCUAGAACCUCCAAACAAGCAAAUAUUUGAUUAUUAUUCUCUGUUGUACAGAGAAUAAAAUGGCAACCAUUACCAAUUCUUGACCUUUGAAAGCCAUCUAAGUACUAAUACAGUUGUAGCAAAUUCCUUAAAUUAAAAAUACAUGGUGUGAAAUAGUGUUUUUUUCCUUGUCUGUCCUGAAUCUCCUGUGAAAGAAUUUCAGUGGAUGACCCUGAGUUCUAGGAGUGAGGGAGAAAAGCAUUUCUCUAUCCAUUGUCUCCAUAACAUGUACUGUAUCUGCUAUAUAUUUUGGGAAGUGGUGGUUUGUUCACUAUAUGUUAAAGUGCAUUUAGGAUAUUUUGCCCCAGUGUGUGUCAUCUUACAUUGAAACUCAUUUGCCAGUUGGGCCAGAAUUAAUUGUCAGGAUCUUAUUUGUGAGCAGUGCAGAAAACAUGCCUCUUUGUUAAUAAUUGUUCUCAUAUUCUAUAGCAUGGAGGAUGGUGAGAAACAAGAUAAAAUAAAGGAUGAUAUGUAUUCUGAACAUAUGGAACUAGAAGAACCUAGAAAACGGAAACGAAGGCAUGGGCAAAAAAUUGAGAAACCUGAUGCAGUUAUGGCCAACUUUUUUAAAGUAUUGGAAGUUUAUCAGACAAAAAUGCUGGUAUGUUGACCUUCUUUCUUACUUUUGGCCAAUGAUUAUAUUAGAAAAUAGCAUUAUAUUAUAUUGUAUUGUAUUGUAUUGUAUUAUAAUACAAUGCUAUUUUCUAAUAUAUAUUAUAUUAUAUAUAAUAUUAUAUAUUAUAAAAUAUGAUAUUAUAUAUAUUAUAUAUAUUAUAUGUAUUAUAUUAUAUAUAUCAUAUCAUAUUAUGUUAUAUUAUAUUAUAUUACAUUAUAAAAUAGCAUUUUUCACACUUGGAGGAUAAGUAAGAUAUGUUGGUGCAUUAUUAAGAGGUUUUUAAUAAAGAGACAACACUUGGAAAAGAAAGUAUGAAAUGGAACAUAAUUGAUAUAUAAUGAUGAUGUAAAGCAUUUUUGGGGGGAUCUGCUUUAUUAAUUUGCUUUCUUCCUUUUCAGUUCUGAUUCUUGUUUUAGGAACUAAUAACAUUCUUUGCAUUUUCAGCACUUUUUGGCCCGAAAUUUCUACAAUUUAAGAUUUCUUGCACUUUUUGUUGCAUUCGCCAUCAACUUUAUCCUGCUUUUCUACAAGGUAAUGUAAUUGUAUCAGUUCCGACAAGACGCCUUCAUUUUCCACAGUGACAUUUGCUAUCCUGUGGUGAAAAUUUAGACUACUAUUAAAGUAAGCAGACUCAACUAAUCAUCAAAUAAAUGCCAGUAUAAAAUGUAUUAACCCAAUUAAGGGUGAAAUUAUUAUUCAUUAAUUGAUUUCAUGGAAAAGAUGAAUUUGAACUGGGGACUUGAGAGUCAUAGGUCAGUUUCUUCACCACUGCACAACACUACACCAACAUCAGCAUAAUAUAUGGCAGUGUUUAACAUACAGACAUGCUUUAUUCUGUGUUUAAUCUGUUGGGAGCUGCCCAGAGUGCCUGGGCGGGGUACAAAUAAUAAAUUAUGAAGGUGAUGAUGAUGAUGAACUUAAAUUCUCUUCCUCCACCCCCUCAAUACAUGAGGUGCUGUUCAACUAAGCAUUACUCAUAGUAUACCCACUGAAAUUAAUGGCCCUAACUUAGUCAAGUUGAUUAAUUUUAAUGGAUUUACUCUGAGUAAAACGUCAUUGCUUAUAUAGUACCUCUGCCCUGGGUGGUUGAAGAAAUGUGCAUGGAAAAAUCACAUUUCAGUGGGCCUGAGAAAUAAUGUGCAGGAGCUGUGGCCAAGCAAACUGCAACAUGAUAACAUCACUAUAAUUCAAAAUAUUAGACAACAACUUUAAUAAAAAAUAUGGAAAAAAUGCUAGAAAAAUUCUACCACAUGUCCUUUUAAAAUAUAUAUCUAUAUUUAUUGUGUAUACCUGCACUCCUUGUUUGUGUAUCAAUUUCAGGUGACAGAAGAGCCAUUUGAAGAAAUGGAAGAAGAUUCAGAUCUGUGGCAUUCUUUAGAGGAGGAGGAAGAUGAAGAUGGAGUAGUCUUCUUUGUUUUACAAGAGAGUACAGGCUACAUGGCACCAACACUUAGGGCUCUAGCUGUUAUCCAUACAAUCAUCUCUUUUGUAUGUGUUAUUGGAUACUAUUGUUUAAAGGUUAGUAAUUUCACCCUAAAUUAUCCAGUAAUAAAAGCCUCUUCAUAUUACGGUUUUUCCAUUGCUCGUUUCCAAUUGCCAUUCUCUUAUUGAUGCUACUGAAUGCUUUUUUGUUUUCAUUUACAUACUUCAAUGAUACCUUAUUAUUGUUAUUUUAUUAAGUAUUUUUGUGUUCUUAGCUCCUUUGGGCCCUGUGUAUGGUAAGAUAGAAUAUACCGUAUUUUUCGUUCUAUAGGACGCACCGGCCCAUAGGACGCACCUCGUUUUUUGGGGGGGGAAUGAAUAAAAAAAAUUAUUCCCCCCCCCCCCGCCGCGGCUGCCGCCCCAAGCCUCGCGUGCUUCGGGCUGCAGGCUACCGCCCCAAGCCUCGCAGCCUGCCGCCCGAAGCCUCGCGCGCUCGGCGGGACCUCCUGCCGGGCGCGCAAGGCUUGCGGACACUCGCCCGAAGCACGGGGAGCCCUCCGGAGGGCUCCCGUGCUUCGGGCGACAUGCUGCCGCCCGAAGCCUCGCGCGCUCGGCGGGACCUCCUGCCGGGCGCGCAAGGCUUGCAGACACUCGCCCGAAGCACGGGAGCCCUCCGGAGGGCUCCCCGUGCUCGGGCGACAAGCUGCAGCCCCAAGCCUUGCGCGCUCGGCGGGACCUCCUGCCGGGCGCGCAAGGCUUGCAGACACUCCCGAAGCACGGGGAGCCCUCCGGAGGGCUCCCAGUGCUCGGGCGACAAGCUGCCGCCCGAGCCUCGCGCGCCGGCGGGACCUCCUGCCGGGCGCGCAAGGCUUGCAGACACUCGCCCGAGCACGGGAGCCCUCCGGAGGGCUCCCCGUGCUUCGGGCGACAGCUGCAGCCCCAAGCCUUGCGCGCCGGCGGGACCUCCUGCCGGGCGCGCAAGGCUUGCAGACACUCGCCCGAGCCUCGCGCGCUCGGCGGGACCUCCUGCCGGGCGCGCAAGGCUUGCAGACACUCGCCCGAGCACGGGAGCCCUCCAGAGGGCUCCCCGUGCUUCGGGCGACAGGCUGCUGCCCCAGGCCUCGCGCGCCGGCGGGACCUCCUGCCGGGCGCGCAAGGCUUGCGGACACUCGCCCGAGCACGGGAGCCCUCCGGAGGGCUCCCCGUGCUUCGGGCGACAGGCUGCUGCCCCAAGCCUCGCGCGCUCGGCGGGACCUCCUGCCGGGCGCGCAAGGCUUGCAGACACACGCCCGAAGCACAGGGCGCCCUCCGGAGGGCUCCCCGUGCUUCGGGCGACAGGCUGCUGCCCCAAGCCUCGCGCGCUCGGCGGGACCUCCUGCCGGGCGCGCAAGGCUUGCGGACACUCGCCGGGGCUGAAGGCUGCUGCCUGCAAGCCUUGUGAGCCCGCGGGAACUCCCACUGGGCUUGCAAGGCUUGCGGAUAGCUUCCUGAAGCCUGGAGAGCGAGAGGGGUCGGUGCGCACCGAUGCCUCUCGCUCUCCAGGCUUCAGCGAAAGCCUGCAUUCGCUCCAUAGGACGCACACACAUUUCCCCUUCAUUUUUGGAGGGGAAAAAGUGCGUCCUAUGGAGCGAAAAAUACGGUACAUUUGAUAGAUCUCAGCUCCAUUUACUGAUUGUUCUCUGGAUCCUACAACAAGGCAUAUAUAUAAUCUUAAAUUCUUCACAAUUCCCAUAAUCAGUAGAUAAAGAAGAUAGUUUCCAAUUGUACAGUUCAGGAACACUGUAAAAUGCAAUAUUCCAAACUAUUUUCAAGACAUUUCUAAACAUUCAGCUUCCUUUGGAGCUUCCAAAUAAUUAUUUUUGCAAUAGGUUCCUUUGGUUGUAUUCAAACGGGAGAAGGACAUUGCAAGGAAGCUGGAAUUUGAUGGUCUGUAUAUUACCGAACAACCCUCCGAAGAUGACAUUAAAGGACAGUGGGAUCGCCUCGUCAUAAAUACACCGUAAGUAACAUGGAGUACAACCUUGCUCCUGCUUCUUGAUCAGAAGUUCAGCUAAAGAAGGCCAACACAAGCUGCUUGUAGUUUUUGCUGUUAGGCCACAUUCCUGUUUUACUUCGGCACUAUGGUUACUUUUCACCAUGCCUGCUUCCCAUGCUACUUGAUAAUGUAUGCAAUGGGGAGGCUACAUAGGAAAGAAGGGUGACAUUACUUCCCAUAUCAUCAUCAUCGUUGCCCCAGCCGCUCUAGAUGGCUUUCAACAUAAUACAAACACAGCAAAUGUCAGACACUGAAAACUUCCCGAUAAGGGCUGCCUUCAGAUGUCUUCAGAAAGUUGUGCAGUUGUUUAUUUCCUUGACAUCUGAUGGGAGGGUGUUCCACAGGGUGGGUGCCACUACUGAGAAGGCCCUCUGCCUGGUUCCCUGUAGCUUUGCUUCUCGCAGUGAGGGAACCACCAGAAGGCCCUCAGCGCUGGACCUCAGUGUCCGGGCUAAACGAUUGGGGUGGAGAUGCUUCUUCAGGUAUACAGGGUCAAGGCUGUUUAGGGCUUUAAAGGUCAUCACCAACACUUUGAAUUGUGCUCGGAAGCAUACUGUAAAUCUUUUAGGGCCGGCGUUAUGUGGUCCCUGCAGUUGUUCUUGGUCAUCAGUUUAGCAGCCACAUUCUGGAUUAGUUGUUUCCGAGUCACCUUCAAAGGUAGCCCCAUGUAGAGCGCAUUGCAGUAGUCCAAGCAGGAGAUAACCAGAGCAUGUCCCAGCUGCUAGGUUGGCAGGAGCAGGGGCCAAGCAAUGGGAGCUCACCCCGUCGCAGGGAUUCAAACUGCCAACCUUCUGAUCGGCAAGCCCUAGGCUCUGUGGUUUAACCCACAGCACCACCCACAUCCCUCACAUUGUUGGAGGUGGUGACUGAUAAAUACAGUUGCUAGUAUCAUGUUUAGGAAAAACUUAACAGAAAUGGUAUUUUUAGUUGUAUUUUCUUUCAGACAUCUAUUUUAUACUUGGCAAUGAACCUAUGAUAAAAAUAAAAUCUAGACAAAUGUAAAGAAAAGAAUGCUUUAAAAGGUUAAUAUGUACGCUGCAGAAAGGAGCUACAUCAUUUUCUUUCACACCUGGCAGGAGCUGGAGAAAAUCUGUAAAAUCCGUAAUUAUGGAUUCGUAAACACGAGUAUCACUUACUGAACAGAAAUUUACAAAUUAUAGGCAAUCACGGGGGGGGGGGGGGGGAAUCACUAUGAGGCAAAAUUCUACCAGUAGAUCAGAAAAUAAUGCCAUCUUCCUUACGCAACCUAUAGCAAUAAAAUACAAAUGUAAUUAAAGUCCUUUUUGUGUUUUUUUGUUAACUAAUUUGAAAUUCUUAUUUAUGUAUCUAUGCAGAUAUUUUCCUAACAAUUAUUGGGACAAGUUUGUAAAACGAAAGGUAAGUUCUUUAAAUAUAUGUCAAGUCAUGCUAUUAAAAAUAACCAGAUAUGUCAAAUUAAGCAUGUUUGUUGUUGCAUUAUGUGUAAGGAAUAAGCAUAAAUUGGGAAUAAAAGGCCACAGUUUUAUUACAGAAUAUUAGCAACAAUGAAGUGAGCUUGUGCUCCAGGUAUACCAUGGCAUUUCUUCUCUCUGUGCUCCUCCCAGCAGUCCCCCCGCCCCGGUCCUUGUUGUAGAUAUAUGACCUGACUGUCUCCAGGCACUGCAACAGUCAUCCGCAACAUGGCAGGGCUGAUGUUGCCAGCCUUCAUGUCUCAUUUGCAGACAUCUUUGUCUCCUCAACCUGCUCCUCUCGGUGAUUUGGAGGGAAUGUCCCUUAAAUCAUAUUAGGAAUAGCCAUCUAUGAUGAUGUAUUAGUGAUAUUUUCAGCUCUUAUUUGCAAGUAUUGCUUUGUCAGGCAUGUAUAGCCCUAGAAAAUAACUCACAUUUAAUUAAUUUACAUAAUAAAAAUGCUUUCUGAUUACUUUUUAUGCUUCUAUUUUUGAAUGCCUCCACUCCUCCUGCCAACUGUCAUUGUUUUAAGAGUAUCAACCUAAGUUGUUAAAACUCCCGACAAAUACUGAUUGAAUUAAAGUUGAUGAUACCUCGUAUCUUUCCCCUCGAAGGUAAUCAACAAGUAUGGUGAUUUAUAUGGAGCAGAACGCAUUGCAGAACUCCUAGGUCUGGACAAAAAUGCUCUGGAUUUCAGCCCAGUGGAACAUACUGAACUAGAGGAGGCAUCCCUUGUUUUGUGGUACGGUGGGAUCUUUAAACUAAAGCCAUAGUAGAUUAGAGGCAAAGCAAAUUCAGGAGUCCCUUUCAAAAGCUACUUUAUUUAUUUAUAAAGUUUGGCCAGGCUGGUGAUGGAGCUAGAUAAAGCAAAUAAGCGUGACGAACAUUGUUGGAACUGUUUAAUUCCUUUUUUAAAAGGGUACAACAACAAAAUCAAGAGAUUUUUCAUCAGCUAAAGAAAUCUUGACACCCUGAUCAGAUGUGGAUGGGUGUAUGACAUGAAAUUGUGGUAGUGCAGAAUGGCUUGUGCCGAUAGGCCAUCCAGUUUUUUAGCAAGACAGCCUGCCAAUAGCAAUUCUGUUCUUUAAAACUAUAGUGCCAUACAGGGGGUGCAGAGUCCUUUACUUGAAAUGGCCCUGUAGUAGUUAAAAUGCUGUUGGGAUGUUGCACAGGUGAGUCAAGCCUGCUUGAGGAAAUUGUGUGCUGAACCAACGUCAUAUUUAGCUACACUGAUUUGUUUUCUGUGUAUAAACGCUGACUUACCUUUCGGUGUUGUGGGCUAGCUCAGCACAACAGCCUCACUGUUUCGUGACACUGCAGUAGAUCAGUAGUGCUGCACCCUAUUUUAAAUACUUAAAAGUAGGUGAUAAAGUUGGAUCAUGUUUGGAGCUGUAAAGAAAAUUAUCCCCAAUACACCUCCAUAAAUUCCCUAGAAUAUUUCAGCGCAUAUCGCUGCUGAAAAACCCCCUAAAACAAUCAAUGUGAGAGAAAUGUAUAUGUUGAUAAAAUAAUGAUUAUACCACUGAUUAAUUUAAUAUUAUUUCUCUAUUAGGUUAAGUUCUAUUGAUGCCAAAUACCAUAUCUGGAAGCUUGGUGUUGUUUUCACUGAUAAUGUAAGUAUACUGUAUGAAUGUGGGAAAAAUCUUCUGCUUCAUUAUUCUCAUUGUUGGUUUACACAGGGAUGGACUAGAUAGGGAACAAACCUUGCACUCGUGUGUCCUUUCUUGCCAUUUGAAUUAGAGACAGUGAUGAGGCAUCCAAAUGGACGUAUCAGGUGCAGAUGAUGUAUUAGACAGAAGGUGGAGCGGUCUGGGAUAGAAUGGUUCAGCUGGUUAUCAUCAGCAUAUAGGAAGCCUUUGUAUAAAUCAUGCAAAGGGAGAGAAUAGUGAUAGAAAAGGAGGCCUCAAUAGAGGCUGAGAAGGAGCUUCAUCCAGCGGCAGUCGUGAAGCAGCAAUCAGAGUUAGAAGGGCAGUCAGCCAGGAACAGACACGGAAGCUUGCAUUGAAGGAACUAAGGAGGAAAAGAUGCUCAAUUGUAUCAAAACGAAAUGGAAACCUUCAAGGACUAAAAGGACAAAGUGGAGACUUUGGAUUUGGCAGUGAGAACAUUAUCUCCAACGUUUCGGAAGUCGGAACGGUCUUCCGGAAUGGAUUACGUUUGAAAACCGAGGUACCACUGUAUUACUACUGACAGCGGUAUUUAUUGGAGCAAUAUUAAGUCAUGACAUGUUUAAAGGCAACGUUACUAAUGAAAAAUCUGUUUCAGAUUUUUUGCAAAUUUGUUUCAUGUAAUUUUUCUGUUGAGCAGAUACAUUCUUUUUAAAGAAUGUCUUGUCUGGUACAUUUUCUUAACCUUUUGUUUUUUACUUUGGAAUCAUUUGGUUAUGUUAAGCAGCCCUAUAUUAACUUUAAAAUUAUUCACUCCCUGUUUACUUUAAACCAAGAACUUCUGCCAUUUUGUUUUCAUGGUUUGCUUGUUCUCAUCCUGAGGUGUCAGUUAGUUUGUCACCAUUCAAGGAAGCAGCAACUGAAACAUGUGAGAUCUGAGGAUCUCAUAAGAAUUUACUUACUAUGGAGCUGAUUAAUAAUGGUGGCUUUGCAGAAGGAAUGUAAUAAAGAUAUUUAAAGUAUUGGGUUGGAUCAAGAUUGGGUUAGAGCCACGUCCUUCAGCUUGCAAGAUGACAUUUUCUGAUUUCUUAGAUCCCUGCAUGAGAAAACUGAACUAAAAUUCAGAGGUGUGCUUCUGCGUGUGCAAGGUGUUGCACACAAUCUCUUGAACCAUGUUUUCUGUUAGCUUUUUCUCAGCAGUUCAUACAAAAGUGCCACUGGUAGAAUGUAUUCUGCUACUGCAUCUCUUGACCCAACCUAAUUAGGAUACUAAAAAUCAAAUUAUGGAUGUAGCGCUCAGGCCUCCUAGAACUGCGAGCCACAAGCAGCUUAAAAUAAUUGACCCAGGGAGAAUUAGGAUUCUUCUUCAGACAAGCUUUCAGCCCCUGUGUUGUAUCUUUGUGUGUUGCUCUUGUAUAGAACUGACUGCCAUGGUAGAAAAGCAUUUUAUAAAUAAUUUUAAUAAUAAUAAUAAUAAAGCACAAUACUUGAAAAAUGAGAGUAGCAGCAGUUGCUGACAUUUAACGUUUUCUUUAGUCCUUCUUGUACUUAGCUUGGUACACAACCAUGUCAAUUCUUGGUCAUUACAACAACUUCUUCUUUGCUGCCCACCUUCUCGAUAUUGCUAUGGGUUUUAAGACUCUGCGUACCAUCCUGUCUUCUGUAACCCACAAUGGCAAACAGGUGAGUGACUGGCAACAUCAUUUCUUUUAAAAUGAAUUAUUCUCCUGCUGGGGUGGGGAACCUCUGGCCCACCAGACGAUGCUGAACUGCAACUUCCACCCUCCUUGUCAUUAGCCCUGUUGGCUAAGCCAAUGGAAACUUAAUUCAGCAACGUCUGGAGGGCCAAAGGAUCCCCAUCCCUCCUCUACUGAGAAAUAAUACUAAUGCUGGAAUACAAUUAGUAUAUGGAACAACUGAAAACAUUAGUAUUGUCUUCAAGUACAUCAUUAAAAACAGAGUUGCUGCGAAUAAUGUAGAAGUGCACAACGGUCAAGUUUGAAGAAUGUUAUACAUAAUUACAUAAUUAACAACCUCAUGGGAUGCAUCUCCGAGUGUAUUGUACCAUUCAGACUGCAGAUGAGACAAACCAAUCAACAAUUUGAAUGAUUCCCUCUAUUUUUAAAAAACUCCGUGUAAAAAGAAAAAAUCUAGAAGGCCAGAGAGAAUGUUAUGGCUUAGCCACCUCUUACAUGCUGGAGUGGCUGGGGAAACCCAGCUAGAUGGGCGGGGUAUAAAUUAUUAUUAUUAUUAUUAUUAUUAUUAUUAUUAUUAUUAUAUGCUGCCUUUGAAUAUGCUUGAAGCGUUCUUCCCCCAUCCCAGAGGGAACAUUCAGAUAUUUACAUUCUACAGUCCAAUGACAGAUUCAUCAUGCAUGGCUACAUGUCAUAUGUUUUAUAUCUUAAUUUCAGAAUGGUGGUAUGGUAUGUUAGGUUGAACAAUUUUCUUUUUCAUAAUUGUGUGGGAGAGAUUAUGUAUGAUUGCAUGCACACACGAAAUAUAAAAACAGAUGUCAAUAGUUUAAUGCUGUUUCCAGGGGAACAGGCAGUUUUCUCUGUACAAUAUGUGAACCUUAUCUGCUUUUUAAAACAAGCACUAUUCCACAUUCCUUUCACUUGAUUUAGUGUCUUCCAUUCUAACAUUUGUCCAGAUCCACUUCCAGUUGUGUUUUCAAAAGGUGAAUCCUCAUGAUUCCCUUCUAGUUGGGCAUCCUAUUAUAGACAGCCUUGCCUGGGCACUGGGAGUGCGAACUAACUGCCUGUGUUUUCUCUGUUCAAGGCAAAUUUCUGGGCUUUUAUGUGAAUUUGAUAGGAAUGUUUGGAAAACAUUGGGGGGGGGGGCAAACAGUGGGGUGCUCAAGCAUGUCUUUCUAUGGUUAUCGUCAUGAAAAACAAUGCCUGAUGGGGUGAUUCAGUCCACAAAAACAGGUACACAACUUCACAACACACGGAGCAAUUUGAACCACAUAUAAAAACUGGCCGAGGAAUGGCUGUAGCAAUACUACAGUCUGUACCCUCAAACCUUGUUUGUCUCAAUAUAUUUUUCAUGAAAUACAGCAUUCAUAAUACUCUUGUCACAUUUUUAGGGCAUCAUAGGCCAAAUUCAACAAAGUGGCCCCAUUAGCAGAAGCCUGUGCAAGGACUUCUGCUAGCACAACUAUCUCCUCCCUCUCCCCCCACCUCAGCGGUUCUGGGGCUUCAGGGGAAUCUGCAGAACAACACACAGAAAAGGGAGGUUGUUUCAUCUAGUAAACAGAAAUUAUUGUGUUGACACAACAAUUGUUUUUGUGUGACAAUGAUCCUCUCCAUGUUUUUUUAAUUCUUUAUUGUCUAGGAAUUUUAGUUCAUAUAUAUAUUAGUGAGUGAGAUUUUAAUCCCUAAUUGCUAUUUUUCCUCAUGUGAUACUUUAUUUUGGAUAGCUUGUUUUGACUGUUGGACUCUUGGCUGUAGUGGUAUACCUUUACACGGUUGUGGCAUUCAACUUCUUCCGCAAAUUUUAUAACAAGAGUGAAGAUGAAGAUGAGCCAGACAUGAAGUGUGAUGACAUGAUGACGGUAAGUACCAGGACAUCACGGCAAUUAUUUUAACUCAGAAAUGUUACUGUGUGGGUAAAAGUACUAUAUGGAUGUUUUUACAACGCACAUUAAAAAACACAUCAAAGUGAAUAUUAUAUCUUUUUAUCUAUUAGAUUUAUGUACCACCCUUCAUCACAAGAUCUUAGGGUGGCUUACAAGCUAAAAAUGCAAGGCACAAAUAAAUAGUUAAAACAAAAACAACAAAUCAAGCCCCCCUUCUCACAAACAUAUUUAAAAGGCUGUAGAAUGUUAAUCAGCCAAUCAGUCAUUUUAAAUCAUGUAUACAGGCAUUUUAAUAAUAAAAACCAUGGCCCUAUAGUGCCCAAUUUAAAGUGAAUAGAGAUUAGUAUUCAGAACCUAAAGAGAAAUCAAUAUACUUGAAAGUUUUGUUCGGAUGUUUCUUGAUAUUAUACCACGAUGUGUGUAAGGCUCAAAUAAUUUUCAAGGCCACUUUACUAUUGUUGUUUAAAAUUAAACACAGCUGUAUUGCUAUAUUAUACACAAUUUUUGCAACAUUUCUAACUUGGUGUCUUCUUUGAGACUUCUGGAGUCUGUCUUUCAGAGGUUGGACCGUCCCUAUAGAAGAGUCAGUUUACAAACUCAUAGGAGGAGGAAUGAAGGAUUUCAAACGUUCUUCACUGUCCACCAGAGAACAUGAGAACUGAUUUGGGGGGCAUUAUCUACUAGGAAGUUUUCCUUAGCAAGACCAAUUGAAAUGAAUGAAUGCUGUGCGAAAGCAUGGUAGUGGAUUUUGUCCUUUGCAAAAAUAUUACGUGUUUUAGAUUUCAUCAGAUUAAUUCCAUUCCAAAUAUCUGGGAAAUCUCCAGCCAACCAGGCCUCCCCAUUUGGCCUGUGAGGUCAUUUUGGGCAACCCAUGUCUCUCUCCUCCCCCCCAAUACCUUACACCAGGUGUGGGGCUGAGAACCAGGUGAUUGUUGGGCAUUUGGGAAGCACCUGAAAAAUAACUUUGCCAGCCCUGUACUCAGUGCUACCUAAAUCCCAAGUAGGCAAAGGAGAGGACCUAAUGAUUAGUUUUUUUCAUUUGUUUGGGAACCAAUGUGAUGGGGACUUUGGCAGCUGUAAAUCACCUGAAGUCAUUAUGUCAGAUGAUUAACUGGUGAGUGUCAAAGCUGACCCAUGAGUGAGUUGGGAAGGUAAGGAUCUGGCUCACUGGGCUGAAAAGCUUCUCCACUUGAUAUAGAACAGGCUUCCUCAACCUCGGCUCUCUAGAUGUUUCUGGCCUACAACUCCCAUGAUCCCUAGCUAGCAGGACCGGUGGUCAGGGAUGCUGGGAAUUGUAGUCUCAGAACAUCUGGAGGGCUGAGGAUGAGGAAGCCUGCUAUAGAACAUGAUAUAAAAUGUAAUAGCUGUUUAAAAAUUGUACUUUUUACUCUUAUAAUUUAAAGCAGUUGGAUUCUCUGUCGUGAAAAGUAACAAAUUCUUUUUUCCAGUGUUACCUCUUCCACAUGUAUGUGGGUGUAAGAGCAGGUGGAGGCAUUGGAGAUGAAAUUGAAGACCCUGCAGGAGACCCUUAUGAGAUGUAUCGAAUUGUUUUUGAUAUCACGUUUUUCUUCUUUGUCAUUGUCAUCCUAUUGGCCAUCAUUCAAGGUAUGUUGAUUGUGACGUGCUAUUGGCAUUCUAUAUAUAUUCAAUAUAUGUAAAGAGUAAGGUAGGGAUGCGGGUGGUGCUGUGGUUUAAACCACAGAGCCUAGGACUUGCCGAUCAGAAGGUUGGCAGUUCGAAUCCCCGCGUUGGGGUGAGCUCCCGUUGCUCGGUCCCUGCUCCUGCCAACCUAGCAGUUCGAAAGCACGUCAAAGUGCAAGUAAAUAAAGAGCUACCACUCCGGCGGGAAGGUAAACGGCAUUUUCGUGUGCUGCUCUGGUUCACCAGAAGCGGCUUAGUCAUGCUGGCCACAUGAUCCGGAAGCUGUACGCCGUCUCCCUCGGCCAAUAAAGCAAGAUGAGCGCCACAACCCCAGAGUCAUCUGCGACUGGACCUAAUGGUCGGAGUCCCUUUACCUUUACUUAAAGAGUAAGUUUAGAAAAGGAAAGUGUCCAAACCUGUUUCCAGUGUGUAAGCAAAGAAAUGCAAAAUGUAUUGACAGACACACUGGGCAUUUAUUCCUUUACAGUCCUUUAAGAAAGACAAUUAGUUAACUGAAAAGAAAGACAUGUAUUUUAAACACCUCCACUAAAAUAUUAAAGGGUAUAAAUGCUGCAAAUGUUCUUUUUUAUAAAAAUGUGAGCUACUAUACACUACUUCCAUUCCAUUCAAUAAUAGGUCUGAUUAUUGAUGCCUUUGGUGAAUUAAGAGACCAGCAAGAGCAGGUGAAAGAAGAUAUGGAGGUACUGAUAAAUGUUUUUAUUUAUUCAUUUCUCUAUUUCAUAAAAUGUAUACAACCAUUUGAUCGUUUAAAAAAAGAAACCCUCAAAGUGAUGAAGUAAACGAGCAUAUUUUUGUAAAUUUUAUUUCAGUAAGAUAUUAUACCCAAUUACUGAUAGGAAUCUAGGCUAAUUCAUCAUGGCUUAACCUUCUGUUUUAUUUCUAGACCAAAUGUUUUAUUUGUGGAAUUGGUAAUGACUAUUUUGACACAACCCCCCAUGGAUUUGAAAUGCAUACUUUACAAGAGCACAACUUGGCCAACUACCUGUGAGUAUAUGCACAUUCUUUCUUUGUUAAAUACAAACCUCUAAUGAACUUUUAGCACUAGCCUUACUGUGUAACCCAUUGCAUGUCUACUCUGAAGCCUUUUUUAAUUCAAUGGUGCUUCCUCCCACGGAAGCGCGUACAAGAUUCUAAGUGUGUGCAUAUAUGAUUGCAACCUUAAUCUCUGAAACUCAGUCUCCUCAGCACUGUGGUUACUGAUCCAAGACUCAGGAAAUUAUUCAUGUGCAGGUGAAAACUAUGUGAACAGCUGGAGCUUUUUGUUUACAUUUUCUCCAUGGUAAAUCUUGCUGCUAAAGCCCCUUUAGAGAUUGGGAUCUGUCAAAGCCUUGCUUUGUAAAGUACCGUAGACAUAAUUCUGCACCAUCAUAAUCAUUAGUAAGAAGUUGAAUAUGAAGUAAUGAAUAGCUAAGGCUUAUCCUAUCUGUAUUUGAUCUUAUUUAAAAAAAUUAUAAGCUGCUUUGAAUGAUUAGUCAUAACCAGAAAUAAAAUAUUGCAGAAAGUAGCAAGAUCAACUUCUUUAGGAGUGGAAGCUUCUUCAAUGAGAAUACAUCAAAGGAUGUUUUGAUUGGUUUUCUAAUUCAAGGCCUGUUGCCCACCCUCCUUGGAUUUCCAAAUAUAAUUUAUUGGCAUAUGUGCAUAAAAUUAGAUAUGGUAUUUUCAGUAAUUCAAAAGACAGAAUACCUGCGAAAGGAAAAGUAGCACUCUAAAGAGCCAGUUUUCAGAAAGGUGAACACACGGUGAGGCAACAGCCAGAAUCUCCAUGUAUAAGUUCAUACUAAUCUGUAUCCAUGUUCUGGUUAUUUAGACUGUGAAAGAGAAAUACGGUCCCUGAGGGUGAAACAAAUUUGUUUUUUGUGGGGUUUUUUUAAAAAAGAGAAACAUCCAACAAAUGUUUCAUUUUCUACCCACAAUUUCCCCCCUCCUUUUGUGUCUGUUUCUGGGUACAUUUGUCAACAUUUUUUUGGAUUGUGAACUGGCAGGCACACAUUUAUAUUUACCUAUAUACAAUAUUCAGCAUAAUUUAUGCACUUUUACAAAGAGCAGAAAAAAUAUAUUAAAUAUUGUUGCUACUGCUUUCCCCCUAAAUAGAAAUCAUUGUUAUUGUUGUUUUUGAGAAACAGAAGCAUUACACUACAGUUUAAAACACAAUAUGUAGUUUGAUAUUCUCGUUCCAGGUUCUUCCUGAUGUAUCUCAUUAAUAAGGAUGAAACUGAGCACACUGGACAGGUAAGCAUUAUAUUCAUAGGAGCCAACUCCUAGCGACUGAGCUCCCCCCCCCCCAAAUAAAAUAUUUAAGGGGGCUGGGCCAUUCAAAUGGUGUGGGUGUGCACCAUCAUGUGAUUGAUUAUGCUGGGCGGGGCUUGCUCCCCUCCACCCAAUAUUUUAUUCAAGCUGGCACCCUUGAUUACACCAUUCAUUACUACCCCUAACAGUGAACUUGAGCUAUGUCUAUUACUAAAGCAGAAAAUCAGGCUGUCCUGAUAUCUAUGCGGUUGGAGGACUUCCUAGAUAUGCAGAAAAAUAUCUGCUUGUAAAUUUAAAAAGGAUGGACCAGUCACUGAACAAUAAUGAUAUUAAAUAAUAUCCUGGGAGGGAGAUUAGAAUUGGGGUUCUGUGGUAGGGACAUAGAAGCUAUUUCCCUGGGGCUUCCCCCGAGAUACUGCUUUUGACUUUCUUUGUCCUGAAAUUUUGGUAGGAGACAGCUGGGAAAGAAGGUUUGGCUGGCUGUGGGGGUGUGUGUCCAAACCUCAAGUUUCAAAUAUUGAAGGGUUUGGACUUGCUUAAAAUCAAACUUGUGGGAGUUCUCAUUUUCAGCUAACUCAAUGAUUUACAAUAAUUUUUCAUGUUUACAUGUUUAAAUAUGCACACAUGCUCUGUUAAUACAAAUCCUGUGAGCAAAACCCCUUGAUAUUGAUUUUGCCCUUACCUCAGAAAAGCUUUUAAAGACUGCUCUGUCAAAUGAGCAUUUGACACUUUUCAAACAUUUCAAAUUUCAACCCAUUGCAACCCAUACAUGAAAGUUACAGGACUUAUGCAGCAUUCAAGUGAAUGUGUGUGCUACAAAAUAAAUGACACUCAACAGGACUAGGCUGACAUACACCACUAAAUUAAACAGGAUUUAACAGAUGCUUAAUAUAACUAACAAAGAUGCGAAUUAAACUGAUGUUGACUUUGGUAUAUAUGUGGUUUCAGUGAGACAGACAUUCUCUGCUGUGAAUCUUUUGAAAAAAGAUCUUUCUCUCAUACUUUCAGGAGUCCUAUGUAUGGAAAAUGUACCAAGAAAGAUGCUGGGAUUUUUUCCCAGCUGGAGACUGCUUCCGUAAACAGUAUGAAGAUCAACUUGGAUAAAAUAUCAACCAAAAAACAACUAGCACUCAAACUUACAAGAUUUAGACAAAAAUCAAAGUCUUACCAUUUCAUGGUGUAAUAUAAGUAUUAUGUAUGUUUAAUCUUUCGAUACAACAAAACUAGUUUAAUUUUACAAAGAUCCAGCUGGGCUUUUUGCACCUGGCAGAACCAGGCCUUAUAUUGUCUGGAUUUCAGCUUUCUUACUGGAGAAGUACAAAGAAAUAUAAUUAAACUUUCAAAUUACAGUAUUCUAGUUCACAAGUUAUUAUUUGUUAUUAACCCAACUCCUUAGGUAAUAAAAAUAGUUUAGUUGAAAGGGCUACAGCAUUGUUUGUUACAUGCACAACAUCUGCAACCUAAGAACUUGAAUGUCAGAUGACAAGGCCUCAAUUACUGGCUCAUAUUAGGAUCCUAACAAUAUUUCAAGCAGCUUUAUUUCCGACUCCCCCAUGCCACUUCCUUGUGAGAAGAUCCAGAAAGAAAGUUUCGAAUCCUUCAGUGCUUAAAACUUUCAAAUAUUUUACUGUCUAUAAAAUCCUAAUUAAAGUGCCUUAAAUAUUUGCAGACAUAGCUAUGCAAAAGGUUUUUUUUAGGUGGCAUUUUAGAUUGACAUUUUUGUUAACUGGUUGUGUUGCUUCCCUGUCUUACUGUAUGAAAUACUUGAAGGUGAGUCAUAUAUUUGUUCCAAUAUCAGCGUAUUAGAUGCAGAUGGUAAAAAAUAUACUGUCUCACGAUCUUACAUAAUUAAAUUUUAGGUCAAAUAAAAAUGCUUUAUGGUCAAAUAAGUAGUUAAGUUGCUAUGUUUUUGCAUAUUUCCUUUGAAUAAAACGUGCCCACUGCAAUAAAGAAUUUACAAAACC